AGUUCGGUCUCGGUCGGUGUAUGUUUGUGUUUCGUCCAAUAGUUUUCCUUUCGCGGCUAGUAAAUAGUACGGUUUCUACAUUAUACAAAACAUCAUUUUUUUUUGCACCCAUUUUAUUAAAUUUAUUGUUAUUAUUCUUGAGUCGGCUUUUAUUUGUAAUUUAUAUACGUAUAAUAUAUUAAUUUUAUACUAUUAACUGUUUACUAUAUGAGUGUAUUAUAUCAGAUUAUAAUUUUGUACUUAUAAAGCGUCGACUUGUGUGCGUACCUAUUGCUGAGGAGAGGCCAUCGUAGUUCGCGGUCCCGUGUGGUUCGGUGCAGUAAUAAUUAUUAAAUAGUGUGCUGAACCUCGCGGCACUCACGUUCCGUAAUACUGUUGUUGAUAAAAGGCCGCGCGCGCGCGCAACGGUGGCCGGCAAAAUGCAGCGAAGAAAAGUCAAGCUGCUAUUGAUUUUCCUGACGUCGUGGAUGUUCGUAGUGGUAUACUUUAUUCAGUCUGGUUCCAGGGACGUCAAGGUACGUCGUAGUUAUCGGGAAAAAUUAUUUAUAUUAUUAUUAUUAGUUACCUACCUACCUAUAAUAUUAUUAUAUACAAUUUAUGGAUCAUAUUAUUAAUAUUACAGACGUAUACAAUAUAAGUUGUACAUGUUUAAAGCCUAAGCUAAAAUAUUACAAUUAAACAAAAUUAAAAUUACUGGGUAAAUUAAGUUAAAAAAAAAGUAGUCCAACAAAAAUACCAUAAGAGCAAUAUUUAUCGUGUACAACUUAUCGAAAAAUGCAUAAGUCCGGUACCUGUUAUACUAGAUAAAAUAUUAAAAACAUAGUUAAUAUUUUAUUAUGUUGUUGCAGAUAAGGUAUUUUAGUUUAGCUUAGCCUUUAAGUUAUAAUCUAUAUAUUAAAUUUAAAUGCAAUAAUUAUUACUAUAUUAGUAUCAACGUAAAAUGUAUCUAUAUUCUACAUACCUACAAGAUGAGUUAUUAUGAAAUCGAAUGAACAGAAUUUAAUAUUUUUGUGGGAAAACAUGCAUUUAGGAGAAAAUUUUCGAGAAAAUGCAAAAUAUUGAAACGUUCUACGGAGAUUAUAUAGUUACGGCAUUUGAGGAGCUUUUUUUUUCUACAUGAUUAGUAUGGAGUAUAGUACGUACAGUUCGUACUGUACGUAUAGUAAAUGUGGAUGGGUUAGAUAUAUUAUGUUCGGAUAGUGCGCAGGAGGGGAGGUUAGGGGUUAUAUUUUGGCUUAAAAAUAUAAAAAUAUAUGUGUAAUCUAAUAUCGAAGUCCAUAUAUUUCAGUCAAAUUUCGAGGUAAAGCUUGAUGUAUUGAUUAGAAAUUAGCUAUUUUAAGAUAUAGCUUUUAAAUUAUCAAUUUCCAUAGUUGAGUCUGUUAGAGAAGACGAUUUUACUCUUUAUUCACCAUUUUUAUUUGUUACAUCCCCUCUCAUUGAAAAUUUCUGGGCAUGCCACUGAUAGUACGAAAAUAUAAUGUAUAAAAACUAAAAAGCAUACGUGCGCAGCCGCAGAGCCUUUUUCUUAUUAUAGUAAUCAGUAGGCACCAUACAUAUAUAUUGAGUACCUAUAUAUAUAUACAAUACAUGUACGUACAUACCGUAAAUUGUCGGGUACCGCGAUAAAUAUUAUUAUUAUAUUGGUGUCUCGCCAAAAGUAAGUUUUCGUGCGUUAUGGGAACCGAUUUCUCGUUAAUCGUCCCAAAUACCGACCGACCGACCUGGUUACGAACCCGUAAUAUUAUGGUCCUCUUUUGUUUAUUGUUUUUUAAACUUGUCAUUUUUUUCCUAUGAAGUAUCUACUCGGCGCGUAACCAAAACAUCUAAUUCGCAACACAACAUAUGUGUAAAAUUACCUCCAGUGCCGUAACUAUCCUCCGUAGCGCUUUUGCCAAUUGUACAUACUGUACCUUAUUGAUGAAAAUGGGGAGGUUAGACUCCUCCCAAACACAACCAAACUCCCUAAAUCAAAUCCUUAUUAAGUAAACACUAGAAGUAUAGGUACAUAAUCAAUAUUAAUUAUUAUUAUGAGUGCUUUAGCCCCUUAAAAAUAUUUAGGCUAUUUGUGCUUAAAAAUGACACAAAAAAUCUAAAAAUAUGUUUUAAUAUACUAUUACUGACUCGAUUUCUUAAUAGUUACUAGUUAUUAAUAUUCAUUUUUAAUUUUUAAAUACCUAGGUACUCUAUUAUUAAAACAAUAUUUUUACACUUUUUGUUCGAAGAUUCACAGCGAAAAUAGGUAUAUCGUACAGAGUAGGUUCCAAAGAGUACUUUAAUAUAUUCGUUUUCUGUGAAAAAUUGCUAUUAAUAUAGUCCAGUUAAAUUAGAAAAGUUAUAAGCUGAUUUCUCGAAAGCUUAAUUUGUAUUGGUACACUUAGUCCAUGUCUUACUGAUAAACGUACAGCAUUAAUUUAGUGUGUGACCCAGUGCCGUGCCUAGCAAAAUUAUAAUAUUUACGAUUUUCGUCAAUAUUUUAUUUUAUUUUUUUUUAAUUGAAUUAAUUUAUGGACUUAUUAUUAAUAUAUAAUAUAAGAUAACAUAAAUAAUAAUAAUAGUAAUAAUAUUAGGUAUACUCUACAGUUAAAGCUUUUGCCUAGUUGAUACAUGGAAGAAUAAAAACUAAUGGUUACAUAACAUGGUUAAAUGAGGUGAGAAGGGUGUUCGUUAGUAAGACGCAUUAAGCGGUGAAUUGGACAAGGUGGUGAUAUUUUAAGGCGUCCACGAAGAUGAGCAAUUUAUACUCUAAUAAUACAUUUAUUAUAAAUAAAUAUAUAAAUACAAAAUUUAUCUAUAAAAAUAAAAUAAAUAAAUUGAUGAAUGGAGUCUUCUGGAGUAUUAUGAUUAGUGUAUUAUACGACUGUUUCGAAUUAAAAAUUCAUCAUCAGGUAUCACAGUAAAAAUGUAAAUCGCGUUUUGCAUUUUGACUGUGAAUUUUUAAAAUUUGUGAGUGGUGGCGAUAGAAGUGGCAGACCUUUCAAGAGAGAGAGACGAAAGAGACAAGUCUCUCCUCGAGAAUGUUUGCGCUACCGGAAAGAAACUCACGGCACCAUUUACGAACGUUUUUAACAUCCAUACAUUUUUUACCAUUUUUCAACUUAAACCAAUUGGCGAUGAAUGUCGAUCGAUGCCACCUUUUUCGUAUGACAGACCACACUUCAUACCUGGACGGCCUGCUAUGCCAAGGCUGAACUUUUGAUAAUGCUCCUCGGUGGUUCAGAGUGAUAGUGGGGGAACCACCGCUGUGGUGGUGUUUCUGGAUUGCACCUUGUGCUUCAUGUGACGACGCAAUGACUUAGGAGAUCUUAUUUUUAAGUUUGCUCUUAUACAAUCUUUUGAACAAAAUUUAAAUAUUUUAUACCAUAUUUAUGUUUUUUAUUUAUGAGAUAUUGGCCAAAAAUAAGUUUACCAAUAAAAUGGCUGACACUUUCAUCUAUAGUCUAUACAGACCUUUUUCUUUUGAGUUGUCCCGUGGAGUGCAUGCUAUUCGUAGAACUAAGAUAUAUACGUCUUCUCCAACAAUUAUAGCCUUCUUAGUGUUAGCCUCUUCGGUCGUAACUCAGCUAUUUUAAUAAUAUUCUAUUUGAAUGAAAGUGUGCUGACCUGACCUGUCCUGUUUAAUUUUUUUUCGGUGUUUUUGUUAUUUUUUUUCUACGUCUUCGCUGGCUUCUUCACUACAAAAUAGGCAAAUCGUUUGAACAUUAAAUGCACUUGUUAGUUUUUUAUGCAGAGGAGGGUUUAAUGGAUCUACAACGUAUAUCUUUUAAAUAUGGCAAUGCUUUUCUUGUUAGUAUAUUAUUUACUGCACUGAACAUAAACACUUAUCGAAUUUAAAUUAUUCAAAAAUUCAAAAUGUCCAUCAUCUCUUUCAUUUCUAGCGUUUUUUUAAUAUUAAUAAUAUUACAUUAAAUUAUAUGAAUUUUAUAUUCACCAUUUAAGCCUUUAUAAAAUUUCGAAUUCGAAUAAAAUCUAUUUUUUUACAUUUCCUUUAUUUUCCCGUUAUUAAAAGCACUGUAUUCCUUUUACACACAAAUACACACGUGUGACAAUCAACGACGAGCUGAAGAGCGGAAAAUACCUAUAUAUUUGAAAUAGUGACAUUUCCAGCAUAAAAUAUAUUUGAUAUUGCAUUUAUAUCGUUAACAAUAAAUGUUUAUGGAUAAACGCUAAUUAUAAAUUAUUUCUAGUUCAUUAAUGUGAUAUAUACUGUAGAAAAAUUCACAAUAAUGCUUAAAACUUCGUACGCAAUCGUGCAGCUUACAGAGGUAUUAUCGAUAACGAACGUACGCAAUCGUAUUUUACCCAUUAAUUAUUAUGAAUUAUAAAUUCAAAUUACUGCAAUAAAAAGACUACUUACUUUAUACAUAAUUGCUCGACAACAUUCGUUAAUUUGAAUAUAUUACCAACCUACUACCUAAUUUUUAUUGCGCCAUAAAUCUUAUAAAUAAUUUGAUAAAUAACUAUAGGUUUAGACCCUUAACAGUUUGGUAUAAGUAUCUAUAGACGCAAAUAUCCCGAAUAUUUUAUUUGGAGAGGCAAUAUCCCAUAAUAUUAACUAAUAUUAACUAUGACGUAAACAUAGUAUUAUUUAACUCGAUAAGAACCUGAUUUGGGGGAGAUUAGCUGAGUUUUGGGGGGCUAAGCCUUCCCCCUUUAUAUCUAUACAUAUAUAAAAACAAUUUAUGCGUAUUUUAAUUGUUUAUUAGAAUACACUUAUUGAUUUUUAUAAUAGAUUACCUACUUUUGUGCCAACACUACUAUUAUAGGUAUACCUAUACUUAAUCAGAGCGUGUCUGUGUCUCACUCUUGUUGGCUGUCUCGUGUUUGUUACACGCAUUAUCAAGGUGGAGAGUAAAAAAUAUUAACUAUAUUAUAUUGGUAUAUGUUUGAUAUAAAGAAAAAUCAUUUUUGUCCAGUAUACCUAUGUAUUGGAAUUAUAUUUGAUGUUUCGUUUUUAUCACGUCCAGAUGGAUGCCUGGCGGACGGGGAAACUGCAGCGCGCGUAUAGUAAAAUAAUCUAUUAUUAUAUUCUUUGAAAAUCGAAAGACGGAACGGAGAAAUUCGCAGAUACCUAUCUAUCUGUGUCGACUGUACUUAUAGGCGCAGAACAGUUCUUUAUCAUUAUUAUUAUUUUUUUUUUAUAAACGGAAAUUCAUUGUAACGUAACAGCUGUAUUGCUGCAGUAUGCGCGAAAGGGUGAAAGUGAAUAUUGAACGUUAACUCGUUUUUAUAUAGAAAAAAAAAAUAACCAGUCUGCCUUGUACCCCCGCCUACAGCGGUUAUUUCUCACACGAACUAUUACCAUAUCUGAUUGAAGUCACGAAAACCGACUGUUGCUGAUUAAACAUUAUUACGGGAAUAAAAUUUGAUUGAAAAUUAUACGAUAGCCUAACGUAAGACACUCAUUAUCUCAAAAAGUUUUAAGUUUUUUCAGAAUUAGUUUUCUAGAAUAUUUAAGAAAUAAGUAGCUCUAAAAUGUUAUAUUACUUACUGUUAUUUUAUCCUUAUUUUAUUUUUAACUUUUGAUUUUAAAAUCACAUCUUACAUUUAAAAUUCCAUCAAUAGAUGGAGUAUUAGUUUAGAUCAGUUUAGGUGUUAAACAUUUUAAUUUCCAUCAACCAAUUGACGAGAUAGUUCACUUUUAAAUUUCGGUGGGGGGGGAGUGGUGGAACACUAUUAAAACGUCACGCGCCGUGCUGCUACAUAAAUAAUACACAACUCCUCUACCCCACCGAAAUUAAAUUACUAAACAUUAAUUUAACCUAUAUUUUAAUAUAUACAGGUUAUAGGUUAUCUGAAUAGUAUUCCACUACUCUCCCCUUGCAUAGACUUAAAAGUGGAAUAUUCCUUAAACGAGUUGACGAAAAUCGAAAAUUUCAACACCGACAUUUAUUUUAUCUAAUAUUCCAUCUAUUUAUGGAAUUUUUACUAUAGGUUAUUUUAAAAAUCAAUGUUGAUAUAGAUAUAAGAUACUCCUUAAAUGUUGUGAAAAAUCUAAGUAAAAAUGGGUGAGCAAUGAAAUAUCUUAUUUAUAUUUUUUUAUCAAAUUUUGGUAGGUUGGUAUAUAAUACAACUCUGAAUCUACAUUCCAAUCGAUUGCUCGUCUUUUUUUGAAGUUCUUUAAAGGUUUUGACUUAUGCAUCUCUUUUAAUUUACCCUGUGUAAUAGUUUUGAUUGCAGGAUGAAGAAUGAACGAUUCCAAAUGUCCUAAUUGUUUAUCAUUCAAAAUUUAAAGUUCCCAUGAAGGUCGAAAUGCUUCCCAACGAGAAGUUCUAGGCACCUGUUAGUUGGACUCAACUAAUACGUUACCGCAACCGUUUGUACUCAGUGGUAUAUUUAUGUAUAGGCACUAUAUGCACUAAAGGCACGUGCCUACAACGUCACAAUUUUUACAUUGUAUAUCAAUUGUUACAUCUAGGUGGAAUUUUUUCUGUGAAUUUUAAUUUUUUAAAUUAUUUUCUGUAACAGAAGUGACAUUAAAAUGCCCUGUGUCCACACUACUUCCAAGUAGUGGAAUUUUUUCCUUUUAUAGUCUUUUAGAUUCGGAGUGUAGCAAGACAUUUAUUGGUUUUACUAUAUGAUGUACGUAUAUGUGUAAUUUUUUUCUGUUUGUGAACAAAUUUUCUAAUAGAAAACGUGCUUUAGAGCAUAGACUGUGGUACCUUUUUUGAAAGGUGAAUUUUCUUUCAUUGAUGCAUUGAAGAGAUCAUUUUUCGUUUUUCAAAGGGGUUUUCGAAAUAAUCAGGAAAAACUCGAAAUAAAAGUAAAGGUAUAAUGGCAAAUAUUUAUGGCGCGCCAUGACGUUAUCGUUUCAUUGUUUUUAUUAUGUUAACACAAUGUUUUCUACCAGAAAUAUUUCUCCAAUCCAAAAAUGACACGAAAUCGAUUUUGUCCCUUAUAAUAUUUCACCACUGACGUCGUUUUUUGGUAUCCAAAGUUGUUUUCGUAAUAUUUUUGAAAAACCAAAAAUUAAAAUUGAUUAAUAUUUACGGCAACGUAGCGUCCCGGCUUCAAUAUUUGAAUUUGUUCAUGAAUGAUGUUUUUUACUAGAAAUAUUAGUCCAAUCGAAAAAUGACAAAAAAACGAUUUUGUUCCUUUAAACAAAUAGCCACUGAUGGAGGAAGUCGCUUUUUGAUAUCUAAAGAAUUUCUCAUAAUAAUUAGGAAAAACUAAAAAAGACGAAGUGUACAUUUUUUCUAAAUUGUACAUUAGGGUUAGGUUAGGUCUGGGUUAGGUUAAACCUAACUUAACCGUUAAAAAACGAUACGAUUGCAAUAUUUUAAAUUUAUACCUACGGCUUAUGUUUUUUACUAUAAAUAUUACUCCAAUAGAUAAAUGGCAAGGAACCUUUUUUGUUAAAUAUUUAAUCUUGUUGGUGAUCAAGAAUGCCGUUUUUUGAUUUUUUAUUGUUGUUUAUAUGUAUAAUAAUCGAACAAAAUCGAAAAAAACGUAGAAAUUACAGAUAAUUUAAUGAAAACAAUGUUUUUCUUAUUUUAAAUUUUUAAUGUAAUUUAGUUUAUAUAUCCAUAAAGAUUUGACAUUUUCAGAAAAAAUUUAUAUUUGCUUUUUCUAGACGUAAAAUUUUCAAAAUAUUUAGUUAAUUUUCGAUCUAAUUAUAGGUAUUUUAAUUUUUUGAGUUUUGUAUGUAAUUUUUAUUCGGUAGGUACUCUGUGGAUAGAAUUAUUUGAUUAACAGAAUAUUUAACAGGCAAUUCCUUAAGUGUCGUACUUUGUAGUGAAAACAAAUUUGAGCUUUAUGUAGUAUUUUUUUUUUAAUAAAUUAAUUUAAAUACCAUAUUUUGACGAAUUAUGUGGAACUAAUCUAGCUCCUGGUUCAUGCAAAUUUUGUUUUGAUCAUAUGUAUACAUAUUACUGAUUUAAGAUCGAUGAUGAAGUCAGAAUUGAGCGGACUGACUUAGUUUCGGAAUCAUGAUGAUUUUGGUACCUGAUGUACCUAAGUCGCAUGUUAAAACCCGAGUUUCGUAAACAUUAUUUUGCAAAACCACGUCGGAUACUAUGUUAGGUUAGGUUAGAUAAUAUAUACGGGGAAAAAACAAAUUAAUUCAAAUGAAUUCAAAAAAUAAAAUUGAGUGUAAUUUUGUAUUUUCUGAUUUUGAGUUGAGCAAAGAAGUUUAUGGUUUUUUACAAAUAUCCUUUUAGAAACAUUGCCAUCAUUAUAAAUUGAAGCUAAAUUGUUGGUAGAAAAGUUGUCCACCGAAAAAAAGUAAGCCAUUAUAUUUUUAACUAAUACAUACAAUACAUUUCUUGCAUUUUCCCGUUUUUCCUAGGUUUUUUUUCGUUUUUCACAUUUGUUAAGAAAACUCCUGAAAAAAUCGAAAAAUGACCUCUUUAGAAUACCUUCCUAGUCAAAUUUCCUUUUAGAAAUAUGCUAUCAUUAUAAAUUGCAGCAACAUUUUUCACUGGUUUUCAACUAGGUUUCCACUGAUAUGUAUAGGUCUGUUCUGCGCACUUCAUAUUAAAAGUAACCCCCUUUCUGAUUUUUGAAUCAAGUAUAUGUCAGUGGAAUUCGGUGACAGGAGAGUAGAUUUAACGCCAAAAAAAUUUGCUUGUUACCCUACCCUACCUUCUAUAGUUAAAGCAUAAAAUCCAUUCCAAGGAAACUAGCCUAAAAUUCGUCUGAUCACCACAAAACUUUGGAAAAAGGCCUUAUGUUGCCUCUGGGCCAUUUUCACCAAAUAUAGUAUCAAUUGAAUAAAGAAAUAGGAAAAAGUUAUUUUAAUCCAAAUGGUUGUUGGUCAUUAUUUAGCGAGUUUACUUUUUAUUUAAUUUCCAUUAAAAAUGUUAACCCUACCCCACUAAAAUUCCAGGAAAAUAAACAAAAAAAUAAAGAAACAAUUUACAGUUGUAUCAGAAGUUUCUACCCGUAUGUCAAAGUAGGUAAGUACAGUGACGUAUUUACGGGAGCUGUGAGUCCCUAGGGUAUGGCGUAUUUUUGGGGGGGUUUGUCUUCCAUGUUGGGACAUCCCUAGGCUUAAAAAAAUUAAUAGUCUAAUGUAUUAGUUUUCAUUCCCUAUGCAUAUUAAAAUAUUUAUAUUCUAUAACUGCAAAAGUGAAAUUUAUUUCAUUAGACCCGACGACAUUUUUCGAGAUAAUAUUACAUAUACGACAAAAUGAAGAGCGGUGAAAUAAAACGACAUGACGGCGAGAUGAACGACGAUGAAACGUUGCUGGUGAAACUAUACCCGAAAUAUGGUGCCAAAAGAAAAAUGACCUCUUUUGUUGAAAUUUGGAUCUGGUUAAUCAAAAAGAAAGUUAUUUUUCGAUUUUCUAAGUGGAUUUCAUAGUAAUUAAGAAAAACCGGGAAAAAACGUAAAAUUAAAACUGUAUAUUGUACAGCGUUGGAGAAAUUACAUUUUUGAAUUAUAAUUAGAUGAUUAGUUAUUAAAGUGCUUACGAUUAGAAUCGAUAUUAGUGAAUAUAUUUUACAGUUAUGUUAUGUACCUACUUAAUAUCAUAAAUCAUAAUACAUUUACCUGUUAUCCAAUAAAUAAUCAAAUAAUUAAAUAUUGAUCUUUUUGAUAAUUUUUAAAAGAUAAAUAUAAUAUACAAAUAUAUGUAAUAUAUAUAUAGAUAAAUAUAUAUAGCAAACUAAUAAGAUGAAAAGUGUUGAAACAAAUUCAUGCAUGACUGGAUGGAUCGCUAUCGUUCCAGUUCCUGAUGAUAACGGGUAGCAACGCAUAUCUAACGAGUCAAUGACACAUUCUGAAAGUUCAAUCAAUUCAUAAAACAAUGAACAGAGUAGAAUCCAAUUUAUCUAACAUUAGAGUUGUAGUGGCAUGGUUUUUUUUUUGUGUUUUGUAUACCUACUACAUAAUAAAUAUUCGUUCAAUUAUUCCAUCAUUUCUAAAAAUCCAUGAUUUUAUUUAGGAUACUAUUUUUGUUAAAAAAUUAUAGGUAAAAUAGCAAAUAUAUACAGCGCGCCGUGGCGUUAUUGAUUUUAUUGAUCUUAAUUUCUGCAAACUAAGUUUUCUACUUGAAAUAUUGAUUUAAUAAAAAAAUUCCAAAUUUAAUUUGUUUUGUUAAAUUUUGGAUUUAGUUGCUCAUGAAUUAAGUUGUUUUUUUGAUUUUCUAAGUAAUUUUCAUAAUAAUUGGAAAAAAUCGGAAAUAGACGAACAAAUUGUUUAACAAUUGUUGAUACAAAUAAAAAAAUGUAUAAAUUAUUAUUAUAGGUAAACUAGGAUUACAAAAUAUAAAUAGACAGAUAGAUAAAUAAAAAAAAAAAAAAUUUAAAUAUCAGUAAAUGGUAACAAAUUUGUUGCUUCUUUAGUUCAUAUGAUUUCAGCCCGAAAUCGGCCAACGUCAUUAAUGUUGCCAUUGUCGUCUAUGAUAUCCUUCUGUAUGCUAAAGUAAGGAAAAAUUGGGCAUUGUGUAAUGUACUUAAUCAUUUGUUCCAUCAUAUAUUUACAUGUUGUGGAUUCCCUUCAAGCAAUCCCCAUUUUUUCAGAUUAUGAUCCUUUAUGCGUCCAAAUUCUGUUUUCAUGUUGAUUUAGUUUUCUCCAAAACAACCAUUCUAAUUGAUUACCUGGUGGUAAUGUUUUGAUGGGAGUACAUUUGUUGCCAUUCAUUUGGUUUUUCCAUUGUAUAGUUUUUUUCCUGUUUCUUAGUUAUUGUUAAGUAUUUCAUUUUUUUAAGGAAACUAUUUCUUAAUUUUAGUCGGAAAUUAUUUGUCUCAACUCCAUACAUCGGGAACUUAUUGUUUUUCGUUAUUUUAGUUCUUUCUCAGUUUGCUUGUACCGACCUCCUGAUUGACGGUGCUGCAAUUACAACUGGACCAUAAACUUCCUCAACUCUAGAGUUUCUUAACCAACCAACCAUUAAUCGAAAUGUUUCACUGAGGCACAUCUAUUUUUUUUUAAUGGGUCGAUUUUCCUCAUACUAUUGAUGCGUAUUCGUUUAUUGAUAGACAUAAAGCCAACGUUGUAGUUUUUAGGUUAUGUGGAUGGGCUCCCAAAUUGCUUCCCAUAAGUAUACGUAAUAAUCCGUUCCGUGUCGCUUAUUUUCCUUUACAUUACCUAUCACAAAGAGCUAUGUAUGUUAGAGAGUAGAGACCUAUCCAAAGUGACUUUCAGUUAUUUACCUAUUGGGUUUUUUUCGAGUUCUAUGUCUUUCCAAGUUACAUUCAAUUUGCGAAUUGCUUCUCGAUUCCUCAGAUGGAAGGUUAGGAGCCUAUUUUGGUUUUCUUUAGGUUCGGUUUUAAGUACGAAAGUAAAUUUUAAUGUACGAAAUAUAUUGGUAAAAUAUUACGAUUUUUUUUUUUUGUGGACAGCUUUUCUACCAGCAAUUUUGCUCCAAUUUAGAAUUAUAGCACUUUUUCUAAAAGGAAAUCUGACUCGGAAGGUACUUUAAAGAGGUCAUUUUUUGGUUUUCUUAAUAAAUUGGAAAAACGGAAAAAUGUACGAAAUGUAGGUAUUACUCCAAAAAUAUUACGACCAUUCUUACUUUCUUAGUUGUUCUACCAGUUCCUGUGUGAGGCCCGGUAUGUAAUGAUCUUUAUAGCCUCUCGGAAUAUAUCUUCUUGAUGUUAUUUUUACAUGCUUAAUGAGGAGUUCAUAAUUUUUGGGUCUCGUAUCUAUGUUAAUAAUUUUAUUAUCCCAUUUCAAUUAGAUUACGAUGAGUUUCGUUUUUCUUAGGAGAGUAGAAUGAUUCAAAUCAUUCUACUCAGGAAUUUUCUCAACAAAUGUAAAAAAAACGAAAAAAAAACGGCAGAAAAACUGGAAAAUUUAAAAUUAAUGUAGGUAUUAGCAAAUAUAUAUUAUGGGCUUCUUUCAGUUGUUUUCUCAUCAAAUUUGAAAACCGAAAAAAACGGGAAAAUGUACGAAAUAUAUUAGUAAAAUAUUACGAUUUUUUUUUUCUGUGGACAACUUUUCUUCCAGAUAUUUUGCUCAAACUUACAAUGAUAGCAAUUUUUUUUAAAUUAAAUUUCACUGGGGGGGGGGGUACUUUAGAGAGGUCAUUUAUCGAUUUUCUCAGGAGUUAUCUCAAAAAAUGUGAAAAACCGAAAAAAAAGCGGAGGAGAAACGGGAAAAACGUAGGAAAAACGGGAUCUAUUUUAAUUUUGGAAUUGGAAUAAUUAUAAUUUACCAUAAUAUAACAUAUAUAUAUAUAUUGUUGACAAAGCAACACUAUCAACUGAAUUCAGCUAAGAAUCAUUUUUUUGUUAGCAAUGGUUUAUCGUUGCUUACAGGUGUACAUUAAAUUACUUAAAACAGUGGCUGCAUUCACCUCUAUUAUCCUAUGACGUUUUUUGUUUUUUUUUUUUAUGUUGUUACUCAGUUAAACAUAUUUGUAUACUUGAAAUUCAGAUAGAAAACUUAAAUUUAUCUUUUCUAGAUGUGGUUAAAUUUUCCAAACUAUAUAUAUAAGCGUUUUAUGUUGGCGUGGUUUUCACAUAGUUAUUGUUUGGUAGAUACUAUCUGGGAUUUAAUUGUUUGUUCAAACCGAAAUGCAUAGAAAUUUAACAGGAGGGUUAUUAUUUAACACUAAAACAAUAAUUGUAUUAGUGUUAAAAAAUAAAAAACAGAAUGUAAAUUAGUUUUUUAUUACGAAUAUUUAAGAUCAAAUUUUGAAAAAAAUCGUAAAUUUUACGGUCUAAUUAAUCAUGUAUAAUGAAUCGCUCAGAAUCGUUUUUCAUUAGCAAAGAUUUAUCUGGUUUAUUGUUAAUUUUAUAUUUCUUGCGCUGGUGCUAAUGUAAUGUUACACCAGUAAUAAUUAUUUUAUUAUUUCCAUUUUUGGUUUUUUGUUGUAAUUAAAUUAAAACUAUUAGUAAAGAUUUAACAUUUUGAUGGAAAACUUAUAUAGACGUUGUGAAAUGUUUAAAUCGUUGGCGCCAUUUUUAAGAAUUUUAUAGAUGUUUUAAUUAGAUAAAUUUUUUAAACUAAACAGAAAUGCUUGUUUUGACACAAGUUUCAUUAUAAGUUCAAUUUAAUGGUAAAAAAAAUAAUAAUAAAAUUGAUUGUUAUGUAGUAUUUUUUUAUUUUUAUUUUUAGUAUAUUAAUAGUUAUAAAAUCAAAUUUUAAUAAAAAUCAUAAAUACUACGCUGCUUUUCAAAACAUGUACAACCAAACUUCGCUCCUUUUCGUUUAUCGCAAACUUUUCGUUAGCAAUGGUUUAUCGUUGUUUUCAGUUGUAAAUUAAACACCUCUAUGUAUCCAUCUUCUGAACUUUCAACUUACAACAGUGGUACACUCGUCCCCAGUAUCAGCAUUUUUUUUUUUUUUAGUACCGUUUAUAUUAAUUGUUUGAUUAAUUCAAUUCAUAUGUUUUGCAAAAAUAUUGUGUUGUAUUUACCACGUUUGUGUUUUGUAUUUUAAGCCGUGUGUCAUUAUAUGUUUCCCAUUACUCAUUAACUCUGAGGGCGCUCCCGGUGUAAUAGCCAGUCACAGAACCAUUCUGGUGAACGUGUAAUGUUACAUUACACCACCGUAGUAAACAUAAAUUUCCAUGGGUCCUAAGUGGUGUACAAAUUCGUAAUUUGCUAUUAAAAAUAUGUACAAAAAGAAUAACAAUUGUUGGUGCACAUUUUUUAAUGAAAUUCUAAGUUGGGGGUGCUAAUGUAAUUGACCUGUUCGGACGUACCACACCAUACAAAUAAAUAAUAAUUGUAUGAAUUGCAUAUAAACUGCAUUUAUGAUAUUAUGAUUGACUGAUGUGUUCAGUAUUAGUGUUGUCUAAUACCGUUAAAUUGUCUAGACAUACUCGAAUUGUUCUAGCACCAUCAUACAAAUUAUUAAUAUUGAAAUUUAAUUUAAAAACGUUUUAAUAAUCUAUUAUAAUGUACCGUUAGUGGUUACCUAAUGAGUAUUAAGUAAGAAUAAUACAACUUAUCAUAUUAUUAUUUUAUUGAAACAUUAUAUAAAAAAUAUUAUAUUUUGUGCUCAGAUAUACUGCUAUACAAUAUUAUACAGUAGUUGGGACGUCGGAACAACUUUUUGACAGUGUGAGUACUCUAAAAAAACACCCUAACAUUUAUGGUUCUCUAAAAGUUACCCUAGUAAGAAAUAAUAUCCCAAAAUUGAAUGGUACAAUCCCCAAUCUGGCACCACAGAUCGCCAGUCAUUUAACAGUAGUUUUGAGCGAAAAAAGGGUUAACGGGGAAGUGUGGAGGUUAGCAUUUGUUGUCAAUAUAUAACGCCAUUACGCCAACUAGUGAUAUUAUAACAUUUCCAAUGGAUUAGAAGUAAACAUUUGAAAUCUUAAGAGAACUCACUUUCAAUGAAAAUACCUAUAUGUAGCUCGAUGAAAACUCAUGUUAAAAAUAUUGUGUGAUUUUUGGAAAAUAUGAAUAUAAUAUUAGAAUGUACAUUUCUGUUUUAUUACCUAAUUACCUUAAAUUAACUACCGAAAGUAUAUCAAUCCUGUUUGUUUAUUCAUAGAUAUACUCAUAGGUAAUAGGUAUUUUACGUAUAUGUAAUAAAUAAUAAUUUAAAUUUAAAAUAAUAUAAUAGGUACGUUUUGAAAUAGGCAAAGCGAAACAAGUGCCCAAUACCAGAAUAUCUGUCCAUUAUUUAAGUUAAGUGUUAUUUACGAAAUUUUUUUUCGACGGGUUUAAUAAUUACAUUAUAUCAAGUAUUACGGUUACAUGCACAGCUAAAACCGCUUUGACUCAAUUCGAAUUUGUGAUCUCCCGGAGUUAAAAGCAUGUAAACGAUUGUUAAAAUGAUUUAAUUUUAAUUUGGUUUGAUUAAAACGGUUUAGUUGAAUCACAUUUGAAAUGCGAAUUGAAAAUAACUACGAAAGUAUGAAAUGGAUGUAAACGGAUCACACUACAACAACCAAAUCAGGAUUACGGUAGGUAUUUGCAUAAGGUAUAAUAAUAAAUAUUAUAAGUUAUUGGGGAAUUGAAGUUGUAAUAAUAUUCAAUUUUUUAUUAUUUAUUUUAUGAAAUUAUAAAUUUUAAUGAAGGUAAAUUGGUUUAAACUGUACAUGUAAACGUUGCAGCGUAAAUUGGUUUGAUGGCAGUGUUAAUAUUAAUAAUAGGGUUUUAGACAUGCAUGUAUACUUGUACCCUAAUUUGAAUCGAUUCAAUACGAAUCAAGUUAAUUCGAUUGAAUGAAUUCAUAUAAAUAAGGUAAAAGAUAAUUUCGAACUACCAAAAUGAUAGAUAUAAAUCACAUCAUAAUAUAAUAAUAUAACACUGUUAUAACUUAUAUAUUUGUUAUGCCAAAUGUUGUAUUUUACAAACAUUAAACAUUCAACGGAAUUAUCGAUUUUUUCUUAAUAAGUAAUUUAAACUAUUUUUCACGGUCUACAUAUUUCGAUAAAUUAAAUGUGUGUUCGAAUCAUAGAUAAUAGUGACAGCAAGGAGGUGGAUUUAAAUUAUAUAAUAUAAUAUACAUCCAAUAUGGUAUAUAAAUGGUUUAAAAUAAAAUUACUCGCAAGGCAUAACAAUAACAAAAAAAAAAAUGUUUUUAUUGCAAGAGAAUCGUCAUCGACCCUACCCUGUUAUUUCUAUUAGAUUAAUUAUUCAUUAUAAUAUGUAACACUACCUGUAAUAAUAUAUACGCUCGGGUAAUUGUCAGGUUGUACCUACUAUAUCCUUGCACCCGCGUUCCAUUGUGUUGUGAUAUAACUAAUUACAUAAAAAUCUACGGGCGUAUGAACGGUUUUUGUUGAUUUGUUUUUACAGCAUAUUUUUUUUAUACAUACCUACUCAUUCCCGGCACGCAUACAGGAAUUGCGAUCGUUACGACAAUAUAUUGUCAUCAAACAGUUUUUUUGGAACAAAUCCAUACCAUUACCACAGGUUGUAUACAUAUAUAAAAUAAAAAAAAUAUAUAUAUAUAUAUAUUGACUGUAUCCCAAGUAGAUUUAUUUUAUGUUUCGACUACAUAUCAAUACGUAUAAUAUUCUGUCAUGUGAAAUAUUUUCUACACUUUUCUACAUAAUAUAAAAUAACCACGUACCACUCUCGUAAAGUAUCUGUUGAAGUAUUUAUUAAAAAUUUUAAUUUUUUUGUUGCAUUUUAGGUGUACCUAGAGACCCAACCUAUCCCUCUCUCGGACUAUUUUAAUUGAAAAAUAUCCCUCAAUUUGUGUAAACUUUUCUGUACCAGAAAUCUUGCUCCAAACUUGUUUCAAGUGUAGCACAUUUUCUAAAAGGAAAUUUUAUCUACAUGGUGCCUUAGGGAGGUUAUUUUUUGAUUUUUCAAGUGGUUUAUAAUAUCUGGGAAAAACUUAAGAAAACAGGAAAAUAGGUAUAAUAUUAAACAAAUACUAUUAAAGAAAAUUUAUAAUGCAUGACUAGUAAUUAUUUUACAAUAUUAUGACAUAUAUAUUGUUGAGGAAGCAAACAUUAUUCACUGAACUCCACUCAGAAUCGUUACAGAACCGUUCAGAACCAGAAAUGGUUAAUCGUUGCGUACAGAUUUACAUUAAAUUUCCUUUCUAUACUACCUUCCCAACUGUUUACCUAUAACAGCGACUGCGCCCUUUUCCAUUAUUCUAGGACAGAUUUUUUUUUUAUAUUUCUAUUCGAUUCUGAGCGCAAUAAGUUUUACAGUAUUAUGUGUAUUUUUAUCUGUAUUUAAUAAUUUUUUUACCAAAGUUCCGAUCAAAAAAGGAUAAAAGAGAAAUUUUUUGAAGAAUUUUAAAUUAUAAUUAGAUCUUGUUAGUGCAUUGAGGAGACUAUUUUCAAUUUCAAAUCAGUUUUCAUAAUAAUUAAUAAAAGACGUAUAGAAACAACGAAAUUUACGGGGUUAUCAAUUUCAUUAUUUUAAAUUUAUUCGAUUGGGUGCAUGUUUUCUAAAACAAAAUUUUGAAGAAUGCCGUAAAUCAAUUUUUAGGAUUUUUUUGUUUAUAAUUUUUUCUUCUAUAAGUUUUUUCCUUUUAAUUUUUUGGUAAAAUUAUUUUUGAAAUUUUAAAAAUAAGUAUUUACAGGGUGAUUCACUAAGCGUGUUUCUCCCUUUUUUAGGUUGAAUUUUGCAAACAUUCAAAUUCUGAUUUUUGGAACUUUUAGGUAUACCUAGUUAAAGACAAUAUUUUCGAAUACCUAGAUUUUUCCCAACGUUUAAAGAAUAUCCUUAUAGUGGUUCUACAAAUUUUGGUCUUUCAAACGAGAACCUAUAUUAAAAUUCUAUAAAUAGAUGAAGUAUUACUUUUAAUAAAUUUUUGCGUCAACAUUUUUAAAUUCCGUCAACCUUUUAACGAAAUAUUUCACUUUUAAGUUUAGGUAAGGAGAGAGUAGUGGAGUACUAAUAGUAUUAAAAUUACUCGAAAUUAUCGGCUUUAACUACAAUUAAAAAUUCCACAAAUCAAAAAUUAAAUACAUGCAAAAUUUAACCAAAAAAAUAGGAUGAAUACGCUAAGGGCAUCACAUCCUGUAUAGUAUUUUAGCUAGUGCAAGUAAAAAUGAGGGGAGUGGAAUAUGAAAAGAAAUUGUACCCGUGGCUCACAUUGUGCGAAGUAGGUAUUUCUGACUUUAAUUUAUAUUCUAUAAUAUAAUGAUGAUUCAAUUUAUCGCUGCCUCUGCGUAACAGUAAACCUAGCCUAUGUAAUACACGAUGGUGAAUAUUAUACACGUGAAGAAAUAAAUGAAAGGAUACAUAAAACGUAGCACUAAGUUUAACAGAAUCAAUGCAACACUGCAAAGAUCUUUUAUUAAAUCUUAAAAUUUAAAAUUAUUUAAAAUUACUUAAAAUUUACUUGCAACUGUGGAAUGAACGUUUAUCUGUCCUUAAAAUAAUAAAAACCUAAAUAAUAAUAAUAAUAACAAUAAUAGCAUAAAUAAUAUAAAUAUGGAUUAAAAUGUAACAGUUAAUGAUGUUACACACAUUUUCAUAACAAAUGUUUGGCCAAAACAAUAUAUCUAUACUAUAUAUUUAAAUGUAUGGGUUUGAUGUUCUAUCUAGUGAUCACUUUCCUUCCGAUAUUCCUGGCUGCGCCACUGUGUUACAGAUAUUUAUGUAUAUAAUAACGAUUCUAUUAUAAUAAUAGAAUAUUAUUAUAUUUUGUAUAAUAAUAUUUUUAUAUUUAUCAUAAUGUAGGUAUAAUGUUUAUCUAAUGGAGAUUCUUUUUAGACAAGUACGAUACGCAACAGUUAACUAACCCGUUUACCGUAUUACGUGAUCAAAAUGUUAAGAUUGUAAAAUCUGACCCGAGAGGUCGCGCACGCGUUACAACUUUCGGAGAUAAUCGCAAUUUCUACUCAAAAAUUCACAAUAAGCUUACUGCAUUGACCUUAAUACGUUUCGUCUAUUCAAUAAUUAUAAUUUCAAUUGAAAACCAAUAAGUACGCGUUUCGCCAUUCACUAUCUAUUUUCAUUUUAAUAUAUUUUAUUGUAUAUGUAAAUAAGAUUAUAUUAAAUCCUUAUAACUGGGAAAAAAUAUUUGUAUAGGGUAAUUUAUAAUGUCUAUGCUGGUACUUAAUAUUAUUAAUGAUACGUUUUUGACAUACGUGUAUAUAAUACAGGUAUAUUGGGACCAUUAUAAUUGGGACCCAUAAUGGGAUAUUGGGGCCAUCAAUAUAGCACUAUUAUAAAACUCAUUUUGACCAUUUCUUUUGAUAUAAAAACGUUUUAACUAUAUAUAGGUAGUUGGUGCCUUAUACUUUUUGAUUCGGAGUGUAGCGAGGAAUGUAUUGGUUUUAUAUUGAUGUUUAUUUUUUAAUUGUAUUAUACUAUGUAUAAAAUUUCUAUCAAAAAUCUUGCUCUGAUGUAUCAAGUGUAGAACAUCUUUUGAAAAGAAAUUUUAUAUUGUUGGUACUUUUAGGUGGUCAUGUUUUGAUUUUUCUAGCGGUUUUUUGCUAACAAAAAACGAUUCAGAGUGAAAUUCGGUAAGGCGAAUUUUGAAUGCCGUCAUUUGAUCUUGAAACGCCUAUCAAAAAACAUUAAAGCAUUCAACUAAAAUUUCCUUUUUUGAUCACUAAGUACAACUUAAGAUUACACCUGUGUUAAAUUUCAAAGCAUUUUUGUGAAGCCAAACCGUUUAAACCACGUAUACCUACCGAAUAGAAAAGAUAAGAAAAUGCCGUUAUUUUUACGAUUCACUUCAAACCAAAGUUUGAUACUCAAACGCUUAUAAAAAUAAAAAUAAUAAAUAACACACAAUUUAUUUAUGUUUUAUCAUCAACUAAAACUCAUAAAAAGUUAUAAGCUAACUUAUAUUCGUGUUCAAUUUUAAAAUAUUUUAGAUUGGUCAAAAAAUUAUAUUCACAUAAAACCGAUAAAUAAUAUGAAGAAUGCCGAGAAAUACAAUUUAUAUAAUGGGUGUUAUUUUAUCUUUAGAUAGUUUUAAAGAAAACACUUAUACAUCAAAAGUCAAAUGUUCUUAUUUGACCACUAAAUAAAACUUAAAAUUAUUCUUGUAUUCAAUUUUCAAGCAUUUCUGUUUAGGCAUAACAUUUUAACCAAAUUAAAUUUUUAGAGUACUAAGUAAAACUUAUAAUAAACCUUGUGUUCUUGAAAGAAAUUCUGUUUAAGAAUAGUAAAGGUUUUUAUCUCCAUUAAUAAGUACAAUGAAUAUCUUAAAAUUACCCCGCUCCCACCCCUCUUCAUUAACGCACUAGAUCUAAUAUCGGAGGAACACUAGCACACAUUAAUAAAGUGGAAGUUUCAAGUUUGUCGACUGUCGUUUGAGGCUUUUGCCUUAAAUACCUAUUUGUUUUUCCAACAUUUCUCGCGUUUGACCGUAGCUAAUUACGUGAGUCAUAAAAAUUGUGGUCUAAAGAUCAAUAACUACCUAUCUAAAAUAAUGUUUGAAAUUUUUUUUGUACAUUUCCUUUUUUCAUUUGUUUCAUUUUUCAUCUAGUUUGUGUUAACUUUUGGUAAAAUCGAAAAACUACAAUUUUUUAUUUACAAUUUUUCGUAACAUACUAAUACCUACUAUUAACCGAGCUCCUCUCUGAAUCGUGUAUCAUUAACAAUUAUUAAUUAUUGCGCACAAAUAUAAAUUUAAUUCCCCUAUAUAUCUCACUUUCCAAACUUCUCACUUCUCAACUUUUCAAAAUACUCUAGGUAUUUUUAAGUUAAGUUAGGUAUAGGUAUUAUAUAGGUAUUUUAUAUUUUCGUUCGGUAGGUAUCUGUGAUUAAAAUGUUAUGUCUAAACAGAAAUGCUUGAAAAUUUAUCUCGAAAAUAAUUUUAAGUUAUACUUAGUGGUCAAAAAAUGAAAUUUGAGUUAAAUGCUUUAAUGUUUUUUGAUAAGGCGUUUUAAGAUGAAAUUUCACUCCGAAUCGUUCUUUUUCGUUAGUAAUGGUUUAUUGUUGCGUACAUAUUUAAAAAAAAGAUUUUGAAAUAUUAAAAACUUAAUAAUAACAAAAAUACUUAAAUAAAUAACAAUUGAUAACCUGAUUUUUAAUCUUUCGAUCUUUUUUAACCUAAAGAACCAGGUUUUCCUCAUUAUCUUGAAUAUUAAUGAGAAUUUCAAAAAAUGACUUUUUUAAAGUAUCACCCGGAGAAUAUUUCCUUUCAGAAAAGCUACUAUUCUUGAUAAUCGGAGUACGUUUUCUGAUGGAAAAAGUGUUCACAUAUAAAAAUAAUAAUAAUAAAAAAUAAGCAUUAUUGUAAACCUAAUGAAUUCCGCACUCCACUCAAUGGUGUAGGGUGGAGGGUCCUCAAGGUUACUUCAUUUGUAAUAAACAUUUAAACGAAAGUGAAACAGUUAUUUUUGAACGUGGAAUUAAAACUUUAAUUGAUUCAAGUAGUGAAAGAAACGAUGGAUAUUUUGAUUAUUUAAAAGAUAAACAGUCUAUGACAAUCCAUAUGUAGUGUCGUAAAAUGUACACUCGUAAAAGUAGUAUUGCUACAGUUAAAAAAGUAACGAGAGAUGGAAUAAGCUACAUCUAUGAUCAUCGUACUAAAUGCGAUCAGAUGAGGCAUUUUUUUAUUUUAAAAAAUGUUACUUAUUUUAUGGUGAUGAAGCAAAUGAAGAAGCUAAAAAGAAAAAAUCCAUAUGCAAAUCGGCGAGCAAUAUAUUCAAGUUGCUACACUUUCUUUUAAAGAUAAUAUUAUGAAUAUCGUUUUUUUCACUAUUUGAAUCAACUAAAGAUUUAAUUCCACAUUCAACAAUAACUGUUUCACAUUCGUUCAAAUGUUUACUACAAAUAAAGCAAACUUGCGAUUUUUAUAAAAAUUAUCUACGAGUAGUUUUACAAUUUAUUACAUAAAAUUCAUAAUAUACGUAGUCUCUUCAACCAAAUGCACAACACUAAACUGUAUAAAUAUUGAUAUUAGAAUGAAUUAAUGAAAUUAUAGUAAAAUAAGAAAAUAGUAUAAACAAUUAUUAUAAGAUUUAAAAAAUAUUAGUUGAGCUUGCGACAGCCUGUCGCCGCGUCGCGGUCGGUGUUUAUAUUGUUUUCCGUUUGGCAUUUAUUAGAAACCACAGUAUCUCAUGAAAUAUUAUUCAAAGGAAAAAAAUUAUAGAUACUUUUUUUUUAAGAAAUUACUUGAUUUAUAAAUUAUGUAAAGUUAUUUUUACGAAAAUACUUAAAGUUUAAGAGAUAUGUAAGAAAAACCUAUUUUUGUGACCUUUGACCUCGAAUAAAUGUUUUAGCAACAAUGAGAUCGAUGGGGACUUUGACAUUUCAUUUGUAAUGACGUACUUGAGGUGUGUAUCAAUUUUUAGCUCUCUGCGAUUUAUUCCGAAGUUAGCAUUUUUUUUGUCUAUUUUCAUUGGACUAUUUGUUUUUCCCUGUUUAGGUAAAAGGAAAAAAAUAAAUGUAAACAUUUUUUGCGGACCACGGGUUUGAUUUCGCUUCUUUGAAUGACAAUAGGUAGGUAACACCGCUAGACUAUGACAAACACAAUAAAUUGACAAAAUAGAGUUAUUUAACAUAACAUAUUUUAAUAUAUCCGCAUAAUAUCAGAAUUUUAAAAAACCACGCUUUUUUGUGGUAAAAUUUUUAAAAAAUUUGAACCAUUUUUGAGCUAUUUCAAUUUUGCGAGUUUUUCACAUAAUUUUUAUUCGGUAGAUAUUCUGUGGAUAAAAUUGUUAAACUUAACAGAAAUAGUUGAAAAUUUGAUAGGAAAUUGACUAUAAGUACUUUAUGGUAAAAAAAAAAGAAAAUAACAAUAAUAAUAAAUUAUUGAGUUUAUAUUUUGAUGAGUAUAUAAAAACCGAAAUUCGUUCUAACUUUCGAAUGAUUUAUCACUGCAUAAAGAUAUAAAUUAAAAUCCCCUCUAUAUCUUCCCUUUCUAACUUAUCACUGACAACAAUGUCCCGCCCGUUGUGCGAAGUAUGUCCAUGUGGCUUUUUAAGAACUCAGUUGGUACUUUUUAUAUUGAUUUUUGAAGUGCUUAGUGAAAACAAAUCUUGUAGACCUCUAUUCAUCAUACUAAAUACUUAAUUUAAUUUAAAUAUUCUUUGGAACAUAAUAUAUUUAAACACAUCUAUUUCAACUUAUAAUAUUAUUGUUAGAAUGUAUUAAAAUGUAAUAAAAUCGGUAUUUAAUUAUAGUUUUUUUCUUUCCAAAUAAUGACUAUACUGAGAUAAUAAUUUGUAUUAUAAUAAUGUAUUAUCUAUUUUACCAAUCUUACCUACUUACCUACUAGUCUUAAAAAUUUAAACAAAAAUAUACUAUAGUGCUUUUCACGAAAAGUGGUCCUCAACGGUAAAGUGCCUUGUGGCGGUUUUUUUAUAAACCAGUGGUUCUCAUAUUUUUUAUGUUAUAUUAAUUAAUUGUAUUAUUUGUAUUUGCAGAUAAAUAAAAAUCGUGAUACUAAAUUAGCUGAAUUGUUCAUAAUUUGUAUUAUGAAAUACUGCAUUUAAAUUAUGGUGUAAAAAAUAAUCAAUUAUAAGAUAGUAUACAAAUAAGUAAUUGAUUUAAACUUGCCGUGCUUUGUUUCGCGCUUGUUUUAGAGUCCCUGAGUCAAAUAGUCUACUAGGUGGACCACCGUCGAGGGCCACUUUUCGUGAAAUCAACUAUAGUAACAACAAUAUUGUUGUACUCCUUAUUCAUUUGUAUAGACAUUAGAGAUACAUUAACAGAUAACGAAGAAUAUUUCAAUAAAAUUAAAUGCGUAUAGAAAAAUUUAUGUGAAUGAACAGCUUAAUAAUAAUAACCGGAUCUAGUCGAUCUAGAAAAAUAAUAAUAAUAUUAUGUUAAAUUAGUAGUGGGUAUAUUGAAGGUGAAAACGUCGUAAUUAUAUUGACGUUGCUAAUUGUGUAUAAUAUUCUACUUGAUUGAUUUAUAGGUACUUAUUCAAAAUUAAAGCACUUGUAGCUAUUUUAAAAUGAAUCGAUUUUUAUUUUACUAUAUUUGAUUAUUGAUACAGAAUGUUCGUAUCAAUAAUCGUUUUAGAAAAAAAAUUAUAGAAAACUAUUUAAUAAUAAUAAUAAUAAUAUUUGAUGUCAUAAAAAGUUGUCCAAAAUAUGUUAUACAGUUUAGACUAUAAAAGAAAAUUAAACUAAAUAACGAAAUAUAAGCUAAAUGUUUUUUUUUUAAAACAUAUUUUAUAAAAUUACACCCCUCUCCCUCAAAAGAAAAAAUCAAGGCUAUUGCUUGGAGCAAGCCAGUUCAAAAAUUCAACAGUUGGUACACAAAAAAUAUAAUGUUAUAUGUUGAGAAAACUAGAUACUUAAAUUUUUAAAUUAAGUAAAAAACGGUAAUUGCAAUACACGAAUAAAACGAAUGUUAUAAUAAAUUAAAAUUAUUUAAAUUUAAGGUACAAAAAUAAAUAAAUAACAUUGAUUUAGUUUUAAAUCUUGUGAUAUUAAUAUCAAUAACUUUUCCACAAAUCAAUUAUACAUAAAUAUAUUAAUCGUAUUGAAUUUCACACAUUUUAUUUUCACUUUUAUUCAGUUUAAAUUAAAUUACCUAACGUUUUAAAUCGGGUAUUAUCAAAAGUAGUUAGCCAGUAUUACGGAAAUAUAACUAAACAUUUAAAUAGAUAAAGAUAAAAGGUGAUUAGAUAAAAUGUAUCUAGAUAGAGAUAAAAGAUUGUUAAAAAUUAAAAUCUAAAUCUAAAUAAAGAUAAAAGAUAAAACACUAUUUAUCUGGAUAAAAAAAGAUAAAAUUGUUUUCAUUUUAUUACUUAAUCUACAAUUUUUUUUUUUAUCAAUUUCUACUUAAAAAAUAUAAAUAAGCGACCCGGAUAAUAUUAUUACCUAUUACUUUGUUUUUAAAUUUGUUCUUUAUUUUUACAGGUAUGGUUUACUAAUGAGACAAGGGCUUUUAACUUUCAAGUUCAAUUUUUCGAAUUUUUUGAAUAGGUAAAUCUAUUUAUUUAUCUAGAUGAAUUACGUUAGAUAACUCAAUUAUCCAUCUAAGAUAAUUCAUCAGAUACCUUAUUUUGUUUAUUAUCAAGAUUAGAUAAGAUAAGAUACAAGAUAAUUAAUUAUUUAUCUAGAUAAUGCUCAAAAUUGCACUUAGCUGAUUCAUGCCUAAAAAUGAGGGGGAAAAAAGUAAGGACAAUGUAAUAUUGUAGAAUAUGUGAUUAUAAAAAGUUUAUAAUAAGUCAUUUAUUGAAGAAAUAAUUUGUGAACAAUUUUUGUGGUGUUAUAUAAUACAUAUAUUAUAUUAUUUUAUUUAAUUAUUGAAUAAUUUGAUGAUGGAAAAUGAUGGAAAAUUGACAACAUAAAUUCUAUUGGUCACGACUUUUGUGCUCAAUUGUGUUGUUAAAAAGCUACCUACAUCGUGCUCAAUCUGGUCGCAGCCAAAAGUAUAUGUUUUAGAUCAAAACUCACUGUAAUUAUGUAACCAAAGAAUUUUGAUUAUAAAAAUACUUCGGUUUAUUUAUUGUUAUUCUAAACAUUAAACGAGUAUUGGCGAGAGCCUACAAUCAGACCUAUAAGGUUAAGAUCGUGCACUUUGUAGCUAUAGAAUGUUAACUGCAAUAGUUGAUCAUAAAUAUUAUAACAAUAAAAGAUACCUAAUUCAUUUAUCAGAUAAUUAAACGAUUUAUUUCAUAAGCUGUUAUAUUAUAUAAAUGUUUACUUAUGGAAAAUAAACAUUUACUACCUCUUAUCUAUUAUAGUAAUUUUUAUUGAAACAUAAUAGUUAUUAAUUAUUAGUUGGUACUUAUCUAUCGAUAAUUUAUAUAUUUGAUUGAUUUUUAUUACCUACCGUACCUAUAGUAAUAACACGAUUAAAAAAAAUUUAGUAACUUAUAAUUUAAAAACAAUAGGAUUUUUUUUAUUAAAUUAUGUUAUUGACAAUGAAACCUUUUUACAACAAUUGCAUUGUAUAAGUAUUUUGCUUUAAACACGAUUUAAAUAUAAUAUAAUACGAGGGCUAAUCAAAAAGUAUCAAGACUGGUAGUAUCAUUCGGAAAAGGAGCAUCGAAGAGCAGUAGGAUUGGUAUCACUUGCUUCAAUGACUUUUUCUGAGUACAUUUGUUUUAUUGUUCUCUAUAAAAUUCUUCGGUUUGAUUUCACUGAUAUUUUUGUAAAAUAUAUUUUUCGAGUUUGGCAAUUUUGUAAAAACCCAAAAGAAGAGUAACUUCACAGAUUUGGAGAUUUAGGAAAAUUUGUCUGCAUUUUUUUCCAGUUUCAGAGGGAUGCAACAUUUCAUGGUUUUUGCUAUUAAAUGUCAAUUGAAAAACUGAAAAUGUGCCCUCGAGUGGCAGCGAGUUCCGCUUCUUUUGGAUUCAUUACGAAAUCGCCAAACGUGAAAAACAAAUUUUAGAAAAAUAUCGUCAAAUCAAAACGAAGAAGUUUAUAGAGAUUUUAUACCAAUAGAUGUGCUCAGUAUAAGUCAUAGAAGCUAGGUUUACAAAUCGUUUUGCUCUUCAACGCUCGGUUUCCGAGUAUUAUUAUCAGUCUCGAUACUUUUUGAUUAGCCCUCGUAUAUUUUAUUUUGGACAAUCCAUACAAUGUCAAUAUAUUUGUUGUACACUUGUACCUAUAUAUAAGUGUACAUUAGGUAUAAUAUAUUUCACAUAAUAAAAACGAUUGACCUACCUACUACAUUAAUUUAUAUUUAAUUCAUAUAAUAUUGCUUUUAUUAUAGAGUAUACUUCGGUAAAUAUCACAGUUCUGGUAUGUAGUUAAGUCUUCUGCCCCAUGAAAUGUCAAACGCUAUUUAUACUUAUGUACGUACUACAAAAAAUAAAAAUAAAAAAAGCUGGACAUGCUUUGCACCAUAAUAUAGUACCUAUUUACAUGAUAUAUGAUAGUUUAGACUUUAGUUUUUAUAUUAUAAUCAAUGAUAUACCAUUGUAAUCGAAAAAACGAUUCCUAGUAAACUGGUAUUAAUUGUGUUUUCUCCAUCAUGUAUAGCCAUGUUUAACCAAAAAUCAACAAAAAAUAAAAACAAUAUUUCAUUAUUGUCAGUUUUUUAAUUUUUUUAGAAAAACUGUUAAAAAUCUAAACAUUCCCAUUUUAAAAUAAAGUGCUUACCACCGGAUGAAAAAUCUUUUAAUUUAUAAUUAGGAUAAUCUGGACCAUUUUUACUAAAAUGAGUCUUUUUUGUCGAGUAAUCUUCAUUGCAUUUUGAGUCUAAAAAUUACAUUGAUAAUAAAUACCAAUUUUUAAAAUUUGUAUUAUUAAAAUUUAAUUAAUUAAUUCAUUAAAAUUUAUAUGUAUGCGAGCUUGGUAAUAUUUUAUUUCAUUAUUUCUUAAAAAAAGUCGUCCUAAGAUAAUGGGGUAGGGUGCAGGCACUAUUAUAGGUAAUUUAAUGUAUAUCUAAUGUAUAUGUAAGCAACGAUAAACCAUUGCUAACAAAAAAAUUAUUCUGAGUGCAGUUCAGUUGAUAGUGAUGCUUUGACAUAUAUGUAUCAUAUUAUGGAAAAUAAUUAAAUAGGUAUGAAAAAUUUUCUUUAAUACCUAAUAUUUGUUUAAUAUUGUACUGAUUUUCCUAUUUAUUUGGAAAAUUCGUGAGAAAAUCGAAAAAUCACCUCCCUAAAGUACCUUCUCAAUCAAAUUUUCAUUCAGAAAAAGUGCUAUCAUUUUAAAUCGGAGCGAAAUUGUUAGUAGAAAAGCUGUACACAGAAAAAAAAGCCAUAAUAUUUUACUAAUAUAUAAUCGCACAUUUUCCAGUUUUUCCCAUUUAUUAGGAACAUCGAAAAUUGAACUCCUUAAAGCACCAUGCAGAUAUAAUUUCACUUUAGAAAAGAUGCUACACUGAUAUAUCGAAGUAAGAUUUCUGGUGGAAGUUUGCAUAACAAAUCGAGAGGUAUUUUCGAUUAAAAUAGUUCAAGUGAACGAGGUCUUCAGGUACACUUAAAAUGCAUUUGUUUAGGUAAAAGGAAAAUAAUAAUGCAAACAAAUUUGUCUAAGUUAUGGGUUCGAGAACUAGCGAUCCCUAAGAACACCAAUGGGCUUUAAAUACCAUAAGACCAUGAUAGACAUACAAUUGUAAGGACAAUAUAGAGUUAUUUAACAUAUAUAAUAUUCGUAUAAUAUCAGAACUUCAAAUUUCUAAACUAAGUCAGUCCGCUCAAUUCUGACUUCACCAUCGUUCUUAAAUUGGUAAUAUACAUACGUAUCUUUAAAGGAAAAUAUUAAAAAAUUAUAUUUCUUCUACAUAACUUUUUACAAAAACGAUUUUCGUCAAAAUUUGAUUUUAAAACUCCUUUAUAAAAAAAAAAUAUACCAUAUUAAACUCAAUUUUUUUUUUUUUUUUUGACCAUAACGUCCGACUUUUAAUAACCUCCUGUUAAAUUUUCAAGCAUUUUUGUUAAGUUUUUAUAUUUAUAUUACGAGCAUGUACACUUGUCGUUUAUAAAUUAAAAACAAGUAUUCUAUUUUUAUUAUAAGGUUGUGCAAUAAUGAGUAAUGAGUAUAUGCAUAUAAUAACCACAAAAUUAAACGAUUACUUACUAUCUUACAGCCAUUGUGUUUUUUCUUUUCUAUAAUUUCUACUUAACUUAUCCAUUUAUGUUUAUAACUCAUUAAAAUUAAGUGAAAGGAAACCGGAAAUCUAGAAAUAACUGAACGAUAGCAACGUCUGUGCGCGGUGUCGUCGGUGAGGCGUAAUUUUAAAUUAGGUACAUAUUUUAUAUGUAUUUAAUCGGAUUUAAAAUGUUUCUAACUUAGUGGACAUUUGAUUGACAAAAACUAUUAAAUAAAAAAUCAUUAUUUAAAAAAAGUAUAUGUUUGGGACAUGAAUGAAACUUAUAAUGCAUUAUCAAAAUAAAAAUUCGAGUAUUAAAUAACAUACUAAUAAUUAUAUAAUUUUUAAAAAGUAUUGUAACCUGUUAUUGCGUUAUAUACUUUUAUAAUUCUUUUUAAAUUUAAAUUUCAAAUUUUAAAAUUGUUCAAAAUGCAUGUUUCAAAUAUUAAAUAAAAUCAAAUAUUUUUUAAAUAAUGAAAUGAACGCUAUUUUACAUACCUAGUUGACGUAAUAGUAUCUUCAGGAGAAAAUAAUAUAAUUGUACAAGUCAUGUCCUAUACGUUUUAGUUUUUGUUAUAUUUCUUUCUUUAUUAUUAUUUUUUAUUUACAACUACUACACCUAUUUCACACUGUUCGUUAGUUCAUUUUACUUUCUUUAUGGUAUUUAUUUCGUGUAGAAAUAGUUUGAUUCACAUCAAUGUUUUUUUUUUCUGAGAAGGAAGUCACGUAUUAUGAGAAAGAAAGUCAGGUUGCAAUUUAUCAUCAGAUUAUUCUCUUUUAAACGUUGGCCCCGGGUCACGAUAAUCACGAUAUUUAGUAAAAUUAUAAAACAUUGUGAAAUGGCACGACUGUUGCAGUUAAUAACGAUGUUGUUAAAGAUGUCUCAAAAAUGUAUUUUCUGAUAGCAUUUAAGUAUCAUAUUAUGACAAAAUAAUAAAAGUUGAAUCGAUGAUUUUAAACCACAGAUGUUUUUUUACAGCCAUCUUUAAUUUCAUUUCACUAUUAUCGAAUAAGUACUGUUUAUUUUUGAUAUAGUAUCAACUUGAAUAUUUUCUAUAAUUGUAACGUGUAUUUACUAUUUUAAAUUAAUACGUUCGUUAUAGAUUUUUGGGAUGCAUUACGCGUGGAAUAUGUUAUUUGCUCAUUGUAUAUUCGGUUGUCUAACCGUCAUCCCAGGAUAAAACUUAAGAAAAAUGGGAAAAUUUACGAAAAUAAUACUUACAUUAUUUUCAAUUUUGUUUUUUGUUGUAAUACAGUUAAAAACAUUCGUAGAAACUUAAAAUUUCGACAGAAAACUUAUAUUUACAUUUCCGUGACGUAGUAAAAUUGUUUGAGUUUUGUACGUAAUUUUUAUUCGGUCAGGUUAAGUUUACUUAUCACUAUUAAAAAUUCGUCGAAAUUAAAACAUUAAUAUAGAAAAUGUUGUUGAGAAAACCACUUGCAAAACGCUGCUUAAAAGUAUUUUGAACUUCGUCUUCCAACUUUUAUUAAUUAUUAUUAUUUUUUUUGUUUUUCAUAUUAUCAUUAUUAUAAUUACUAUUUAUUUAAUAUGAAAAAAAUUAAUUUAACUUUUAAAUUGUACUGUUUAACUGAAUUUUACAAUAUAUAUGCAGUAUUCUAAGCUAAUAUAAGUUGAAAUAACAUCAAACAUAAAGGUUUUGAGUUCUUUAUCACACGAAGACGCCCUUAAGCAAUAAUAUUACCGAGCUCUGCUCAGAAUCGUUUUUUAUUGACAAUACUUAAAUUUCCUUAGCUUUAAAUUAAAUUUCUUUUAAUAUCUUACCUUCCCAACUUCUUAUCUAUAACAGUGGUCCAUCCAUCGUGCAAAAAUUGUCAGUCUUUUUUUUAUCAAUCAUUAAUAUUAAAUUUAAUAAUUCCUUAAAAGCUCAAAAGUUUUGGUGAUGAUACCAUAAGAAAGUAAAUUAAAGAAGCGACAAAAAUGUGUUUCGUGAUUUUUUGAUUCAAUCAUUUUUCUGGUAGAAAACUUCAUCCGUGUUUUUGUAAAAUAAUGAAAUCGUGAAAUUGUACGUUUUCCUACGUUUUUCUUCCACCUAAGUGCUUAUAUUUAAAAAAUCAAAAAAUAUCCUUUUUGAAGUAUAAUAUAAUAUAUUAAUUAAAUAAAUAAAUUAUAAUAUACUAUACAAUAAUAUAAUAUUUAGGUAUAGAUACGAAUAAUUUAUUUAGUUGCCUAUAGUUAUUUUAUUUAAGUUUUAAGUAAGUUUAUUAUAUACUAUUAUUUAUUAGGUGUAUCAUACGUAUACAUUAUAUAUUAUGUACUCCUAAUAGUUACUACUUAAACUGAGUUUUUUUUUUAUUCACUAUCAAUGUAUUUUAUCAAAGCUGAAAAAAACUCUUAUUAUGAUAAAUUUAAAAAAAACAUGAACUAUUUUCCAAUUUUUCUCGUCGAUCUUUGUAUUUAUUAUUUUAAUUAUAUUAUAACUUUCGCAUCAUAAUUCGAUUUAUCUAUAAUACUUUCGUUGAGUGUAUAUGAAAAAUUGAAAUGUCUAUACGAAUUUAGUUUCAUAAUUAAUGUUUGGAAGAAUAACAAUUACAAAAACCGCAAAAUAAACCGAUAAAAGUAACAGGUUCUUAAAAAAAAUCACUUCAUCGCUAUAUUGAAAAACUAUAAUUUUAUAAUAUAACCUUAUAAUAUUAUUAUGUUUUAUACUCAAAUAAUCGCUUAACGAAUAAGUUUUUUGUUCCGCUUAUAAAUAUUAUAUUUUAGUCCAAAUCAGUAAAAUUAAAAUAUAAAAUAAUUUUUAUCAGUUCUAUAUUAUAAGUAAUAAUUUAUAUGAAUAACAACUGAGAAAUUGUGUAUCGUGUAUACAGUGUAUUGGUACUGUAUAUAGUGUAGAUAUACUGUAUGUAUAUCUAUGAGUAUAAUUCAAUGCUGUAAAUAAAUUAUGUUGUUAUUUUUUUUCAUCGUAGUUAUUUCUUUAAUGUUUUGUUCUCGGUCACAAACAGCCAGAAGAGAACAGAGCGUUACGGCUGAAAAGCGACCGAUACGCUUUAAUGUCCGUCGACGAUCCAUCUACUAACAUGCACGUAGCUGCAGAUAGCUCGCCAAGUUCUCUGACCGACGGUCAGGCAGAACUCUUUACGCCUUUUUCGACAUUAAGUAGUUAUUUGGACGAGGUCGCGUACGUGGCGGCUGGGGGUCUUAAACGCGGCGACGAUGCGUAUUCACGUAACAAAUUUAAUCAGCUGGCCAGCGACAGCUUGCGGAGUAAUCGGCCAGUGCCCGACACCAGAAACAGCAAGUAAGAAUUCGUAGAUGUAUUAUAGAUUAUUGUACUAUUGUUUUGCACUAUUAUAAAGAACGUACAUUACCACAUCCCCCUCCAUUUCAAAUUGUCAACAAUUUUCUUCAUAGAUAUUUAGUACCUAUGAAUUUUGAAUAUUGCCAUACAAAUUCAUAUAAAAUAGAAAUUAAUUAAAUGUGAUGCUGUAAAGACAAUUUUUUAAAAUUUUAAAUGGAUAAGACUGUAAGAGUGGAGUAAUGUACGUAUUAUAAAACUAUAUAAGUACCUACUAUUAUUAUUACGUGCGAAGGUAUUUACUGAACUAUGUGGUUUUCCCGUGGAAACGGGUGCUCGGUGUACAUAUACACGUGGUACGUGUGAUCUCCGAACAAGCCAACGUUUGUAUUACUUGCAGGGUACAUAGUGGAAUAAUAACAGGUUACGUAUGGCCGCGUUGAAAAACUACAAUCAUAAAUACUACAGAUAUUUUAUCUAUGAAUUACGAUCACCUAUACUAUAUUAAACGAAACCUCAUUUAAUAAAUAAAAGGGGCAUUUAAGAUAAUGAGCAUACAACUCUAGGUACAGCCAAGUCUUGAUUUUUUUUUUCAAAAUACGAAUAAAUAUGAAUUAGCAAAUAAUUUUUUUAAUAAUUUUUAGUAAAAUUAAAAGAUUACAUUUUAAAACGCAUUAAAUGCAUGUAUACAUUACACAUAUGUUACUAUAGUACGGCCAGCAAAUCUAGAAUCUUGACCGCUGCGCGCAUGGUGGCGAAUUUUCAUUAGGAUUUCUACGACUAGUUAGUAAUCCGUAUGUUCACAUUAUACGUAUUGUAAAUUAUUGUUUAUAAUAUAUAUCUAUAUAAUGAACAUAUAGUAAGGAUACUCAAAAUUUUUCCUAUAAUAGCUGAAAUACAGCUACAAAUAUCAGCUAUUCGUUAUAGGCGCGACGUAGCUUACCUAAACGUUAGAAUAUAUAGAACCCAUGAACUGCACGAUAAAGGCCACCAUGCGCGCGAUAUUCAAGCUUCCAGUUUCGCUGGCCGUACCAUAAUUACAAUUUGAUUAAAUAUUAAAACACAUAAGUGUGAUUCUCACAAUUUAGAAAAAUAAUUUGAAAUAAGACUUUGAUAUUUGGGUUGUUUUAAAUUAAAGUUUUCAAUUUCUCUUAAUACUGAAACAGUAUCUCAUCUGCAACACAAUUUCAUACAUAAAUAGAAUAUUCGUUUAAAUCAAUUUUCGAGUUGACAUUUUAAUUUCCGCCAAUCCGUUAACAAGAUAUUCCACUUUAAAGUUUCGGUGGGAGGCGAGUAGUGGUGCAUCAUUUGUGUGGUGGGGCGCGGCGUUUCAUUAGUGUUCUACCACUCUCCCCUUACCCUAACCUAACUUUUUUUAUAUAUAUUCGAUUUGGUUAUCUUUCAGAUUUGUUAUAAUUGAUUGUUUUUAUUAUUAUUAUUAUUAUUUGUUAAUUAUACGGUGGCCAUGUGUUGACUAUUGGUUAUUUAUACAACGCAACUUGUCCUAAAUUUUUACUUAAAAUAAAUGUGGCGUGAUUAAAUUGUUUGUUUUUUAUUUGACGAUGAAUAAAAUGAUGACAAUAGACAGUUAAGGAUAGAGCAAGUCUUUAUUCGUUAACGGACAGUAUAUUGUUUAUCCGACGAAGAAUUUCGUAAUAAUUUUAGAAUAUAAAAACAUACAUUUGAACGUAACAAAUAACUUUAUUUGAAUUCGAAAAACACUAAAACAGACUCGACAUUUUACAUUACUAACCUCUUAAGAUAUUUCAUCAGUUAUCACUUAUCACUAAUACGAAAACUAUGCUCAUAAAGUAAAUAGCAGAAUAAAGGCCAACGCUAAAGUCAAGUAUGUGAGCACUUUUUCACGAAAAAUGGCAGUUUUAUGAACCCUUGGCUAAUAUUAUUAUAUAGUUAUAUUAUAUAGUAUAAUAUAGUCAUGCUGACUCGGGAUUUGUUAACGUCCGCCUAUAACACCAUCGCUGGUUGACGACGGCCGCGUCAGUAAUACAGUUAAUAAACGACGCAUGUAAACGUCUCUAUACUUAUUAAAACACUGUACUUAUUUACUUGAAAGUUGCCUUUAAAUAAAAUUACAUCUAUUUCCACAUACGAUAGAGUUUUAUCAUUCUAAAAUAACACAAAACCUGAAGACGAACUCAAAAACGUUACCGUCCAAUCGGAACCAAUCGACGGUGCAUAAUAGCAAAAUAGACCCCAAGUCUGCUUAAAGCACAGACUACGCGUGAUAUACGCUGUAGCUCUAUCCAGUGUGUAUUAUCUAAGGUUUACAUGGUCGAAGGUCUAACUAAAACUGAUAUCCCAACUAUUAUAAUCCAUGUGUUUCUUAAUUCAUCUGUGACGACAUCGGUGGCAUCGGUGUUUUCCUUUUUAAAUCCGAAAAUCUCUGAUGACAUCAAAAAUAGCUUUAUCACUUACCGUGUUUCUGAAUCGGUUGUAGAGAUAUUAUGGUGGACUUGAAGUGUUUGUCAUCUCAUUUUUUUUAUGGCAAUAGCCAAUAACAGUUAUAAUUUUUAAUUAUUGUUAUUAUAAAUUUAGGUUUCAUGAUAACACUAAUGAAUUAAGGAACAUAUUAUGGAAUAUUUUAGUAUGAUAUUUAUAUAAAGAUAAAUAUUAUUUUUAAUAACACAAAUUAAUAAUUAUGAAUUAAUUACUAUUUCCUUCAAAAUAAUAAAUGUGAUAAAUUAAUUAAUAUCAUGUUUUUAAUAAAUUAUUGUUACGUUAUCUGAAUUUUAUCGAAUGAAGAGAAUUAUUUUGAAAUUAAAAAAAAUCGCUAAACUUGGUUAAUUAUUUACUGUAUUUUUAUUUACAAGGUGUUUAGAUAAAAGGUACCGGAUUAAUUUACCUCAGACAAGUGUUAUUAUCACUUUUCACAAUGAAGCAAGAUCUACUCUUUUGAGAACUGUUGUCAGGUAUAUAUAUUAUAAAUUAUUAGUUUUCUUCGAAAUUCAGUACCUACUUAUUUAAAAUAUUAUAUAUUAUAAUAUUAUCUUACAUAUUUUAGCGUUUUGAACAGAAGUCCUGAGCAUUUAAUUAAAGAAAUAAUUUUAGUGGACGAUUUCAGCGAUGUCAGUAAGUAUUCCAUGGGAAAUAUUAAAACCCUUUUAGUAAAUUAUAUUUUUAAAAAAUUUUAAUAUAUUAUAUUAAAAGGAAUUUUAAUUUUGAGACAAAUUAUUUUAAAUGUAUUUUGUUCACAUUUAUAUAUUAUUAUACUUCCUUAUAGAAACAGACGGUGAAGAAUUAUCAAAAAUACAGAAAGUGAAGCUCAUUCGAAAUGAACGAAGAGAAGGUAUUGGCAUUUUAAAAAAUAUAAUGUACCUAUGUCCCAUAUAUAAUAAAUUAUAACAUUAAAUUUCAUCAUUUGAUUUUUAUAAAAUACUGCAAUUUGAGCGUAAUCUUAUAUAUAAGAUACAAAUAUCUAUUAGUGUUUAAUCAGCAACAAUAUCUCUUUUUAAACAAUUUAAAUUUAGCACCCACUUAAAUCUUAAUUAUUUUUUCGGUGAAGCUGACAAAUCUCUAACUUUCUUUAUACUAAAACUGUCUUCUUGUUCAUGUUUAUGUUUACGAUGGGACAUAAAGGAUUCACGUGAUUUAACGCCGAAUUUUAAGUUGGCAACAUUUGUUCACUUUACAGUUUCAUUAUUUUCGUUAUCUAAUAAGAUUCUAAUUUCUUUUAUAACAGCCAUUUUUUUUUGUGAAGUACUAUUUCAUUUUCAUUUUCAUUAUGGAACAGAUGACCACUGAUGACCGUGUUUUGGUAAUUAAAACGUCUUACAAAAACAUUGGAGGUCCCACAGCAACCGUUCGUGAAUUGAGUGUGAAACUAGGACGUAAUGUUGCUCCAAAAGAGUCAUCAGUUCAAAGGUUCGUCAAAAAGAUUCCUACAAAAUUUCCUGAGCACGUUAUCACAUUGUGUGACGACCAAGAAUGGCCCGCUAAACGUUGUGUGAUUUAUUUUUAUAAGAUUUUUUAAAAUCGAAAGGGCCAUUAAUGAUAAUAUGCUGCCGGGCGUUUGUGAACCAGUCAUUCAAAAUUUCAAUGACUGCAUACUUCAAUACAGCGCUUCCUUAAUUCGACAUAUGUUAGGUGUUAUUUUUCACACUUAAAUCGAAGAUGUCACUGAUUAUGAUAACAAUUAAAAAAUGUAUGUAUUUUAUUGCGAUUUUAAAUUCGGUACUAUAUCCCGGACACCCUAUAUUAUAAUAUAUAAACCUUUUACAGAAUAUGUAUUUACUUUUAGAUAAUAUUAUAUAACAUUAAUUGGUUUAUGAUAGAGUUUUAACUUUUUAAAUAAUAUAGUUAUUACUAAAUUCCUACGGUUGAGAUGUAUUAUAAUUUAUUAUUUUAAUAUAAUAAUAAUUAAUUAUAAUAGUAUGAUAACACUAAAUUUAAUUUAUUUCUGUGUAUAAUUAUAUAUUUUACAAUCUUGACUUUAAUCCAUUAAUGAAGAUAUUAUGCUAAAACUGAUAGAACCACAAUCAACGAGUUGUUAACAUUUCUGAUACACGAGUUGUGUCCCUAUGAUAAAAGAGAAUUACAUGAGUUGAGCCAUGACGAAAAAAAUGUACUGGUACACAAGUUUUAUGCCAGUAAAAAUAUAUUGCAAUGUAGUUGUAUAUUUUAUACAAUAAUAAAAGUUGGUUCCAUUCAGUAUCAAAACAAAAAGUAUAGCACCUUUUCUGAAACGAAAUCGUUGUGGGGAGGAUGGAGAGAUACUUUAGGCAAGUCAUUUUUCAAAUUUUUUAAAUAGUUUUCACAUCAAAUUUGAAAAACCAUAAAAAAAAAAAAAGAGUAAAAACAGGAAAACAUAAGAAUUGUACGUAUUAGUUAAAAUGUAUUACGGUCUCCUUUUUUCCUGUGAACAACUUUUCUACCAGCAAUUUUGCCCCAACUUAUAAUGACAGCAAUACUUCUAAAAGGAAAUUUUACUAGGGACGUAAUUUAGAGAGGUCAUUUUUUUAUUUUCUUAUGAUUUUUCCCAGCAAAUGUGAAAAAUCGGGAUAAAACAUGGGAAAACCAAGAAAGACGUAGGAAAACAUGGCAAAUUGGUACAACAUUAAAUAAAUAUUAUUAAAGAAAAUAUAUAAAGCAUAUUUAUAUAAAAUGACAUAUAUUGUUGACAAACCAUCAUUAUCAACUGAAGUCUACUUAGAAUCGUUUUUUCGUAAGCAAUGGUUUAUCGUUACUUACAGAUAUACAUUAAAUUAUCUAUAACAGUGACUGCGUCCUUCCCCAUUAUCCUAGGACUUUUUUUAUAAUGAUUCAUGUAGGUAAAUGUUCUGUCUAGAGUAGAAAAAUCAUUUGUUAAAAAUUGAAUCAACCCAAAGUCGUUCUGAAAAUAUAUUAAUAUUGAUUCUUUGAGAUCUAAUUGUUCUAAUAUUCCCCUUUCAGUAUUUUUGGACAAUAUUUCUGGUAAUACUAUGGAUGAUGCUAUAAAGUUAUUAGCUACAUAUUUUUCAUCAGUAUACACAUCUAAUAUACGAGGUCUAACCAAUAAGUAAUGAGACUAAUUCAAUAAAAUACGUAUAUUUAAAUAUUAAGAUACAUCGAUGUGAUCCCCUUCAAAUUACUCCCCUCCCACCCCUAUACACUGAUUCCAACGUUUUUUCCAGCUCUCAUAACAUUUCUGGAAGGCUUCGACUAGAAUGUCCUGAAGUACCCUCGUCACGGCGUUCUGGAUGUCAGUUAUGGACUCAAAAUGCGUUUCUUACACGGCCAAUUUUGUUUGAGGGAACAAAAAGAAGUCGCAGGGUGACAUAUCCGGCGAAUAGGGCGCUUGUGGCAACACUGCAAUGUUCUUUGAACGGUUAAACGCCGAUCUUGAUGCACGAGAGUGCGCACACGCUGAACAUUGUUGUCAGUUCGAGCUUCAACCGGUCUCCCACUUUGCGGUUCAUCCCCGACGCUUUCACGACCAUUUUUAAAAUUUUUAUGCCAUCGAAAUACCUGAGCACGACUCAGGGCUUCAUCACCGAACACUUUCACCAAUUUAUCGUACGUUUCCAUAACGGAUUCGCCGAGUUUAACGCAAAAUUUAUAUUACGUUGUUCCAUAUUUGUGACACGCCUUACAAACACGUUGUCGAAAACAUAACACAACUGGAAAACUAAUUAUUGUACGAAAAUCGCGAGCACAUGUAUCGAUAGAGGAGAGAUGAGAGAUUAACCGAAGUUUCAGAUUCGCAGUGUUACCACAAGCGUGGCAAAAAAAACAGUCUCUUUACUUAUUGGUCAGACCUUGUAAUAAACAAUUAUAAUUAUAAUUGAUUUAAUAAUCAGUAACAUGACUUUAAUUUAAAUUAAUUUAUUAUUUAUGAACACAUUUUAGAUUUUAUUUGUUCACUUAAAGAUAAUGCAAGUACUGGUCCUUAUUGUAUUCCUCCAAUUUUUCUAAUUAGGUGCUGUCAAACUCCCACAAAACUAAUACAUUAUUUAUUUAAUUUGUCUAUAUCCAAUGUAACUUUUCCUCUUUGUAGGAAAAAAUCUUUUAUUUCUCCCGUUCAUAAAUCGGGUGAUGCGAAAUGUAAAAAAUUAUAGGCCGAUUUCUAAAUUUUCGUGUAUGAGUAGAAUCUUCUAGUUCAAUGUUAUGCACAACUAAUAUUUAUAAAGUAUUUCACUCCAAAUUUAAUUCAAUGUUCUACUCGAGCCAUCCCAAUAUUUUUCAAUUUAUUGAGGUCAUAAUGAGUUUGCAAUGUAAUAUUUACAUUAAAAUUAAAAGUACUAAAACAUUAUUUAAAAAAACACGUGAAAAAAAUAUUAUUUCUUAGUCAAAAAUUAAACAUAUUUAAAAAUGGAAAAAUUUCUCGAUUUGAAUUUACAAAAAUAGUUUCAUAAAAUGUUUACCUUAUAUUUUUCCGUUUUAUUUAUAUUGAUUUUAAAUAUGACGAGACGACGUUUUAUUUAAAUUGUUUUUUCAGUAUAUAAUUAUUUCAUAAACUUUAUUAUCAUUUUUAAAUUAAGUUUUUUUUUUCAUAAAUACAUUUUAUAUCUAUACUAAUACAUAUUUUAAUUAUUAUGAUAUAUGACGAUAUGACAUUUUAUUUCAAUUUACUAUGGGAUACAUGCCAUGUAUUACAAAACAAAAUGAUCAGACACAAUUCGUAUAACCCAUACAAAUCCACCAUACUCAACUCGUGUAACAAAAAAAAAACCGAGGGACGCAAUCCGUAAUUGGAACAUAACUUGUUUACAGCCAAUAAUACCUCUAAUAAUACAUUGCAAUAAUUCCUCGUAUAUUUGAAGUAUAUUGUAUUCAGGUAUACGUAACACGAAUUUUAUUUUGUAUUUAUGUUUUAUAUACAUUAGAUACCUAAUUUAUAAAAUAUACAUAAUUUCCAACCUAGUGUUGGCCUGGCCAUAUCCACGAAGCCAUGAAUGUGGCUGAGGCCUUGAACUUUUAGAUUCUGAGCCGAGCAAAGAAUGUAUUGGUUUUACAAUGUUUAUUUAUUUUCUGUGGACAACUUUUCUACCAGCAAUUUUGUUCCGAUAUUCCCUUGUAGCACUUUUUCUAAAAGGAACUCAGACUGGGAUGGUACUUCAGGGAUAUAAUUGUUUUGUUUUUCCCAGCUUUUUUCAUAAUAAAUGGAAAAAACAAGAAAAUAAGUACAAUAUUAAAAAAAUAUUAUUAAAGAAAAUAAAUAAUGAAUAUGUAAUUAUUUACUAAAAUAUGAUAUAUAAAUUGUUAAUAAAGCAGCAUUAUUAAUCUAACACCACUCAGAAUCAUUUUUCGUUAAAAAUGGUUAAUCUUUACAUAUAGUCAUACAGAUAUACAUUAAAUUUUCCCUCUACAUCCCAACUUCUUACCUACAACAGAGGCCCACUCACAUACGAAGUACAUCCGUCUUUUUUUUUUUUUUUAUAAUAUGUUUUACUUUAUACGUAUAGCCUUCACAAAACGGUCCUAAGGUCUAGCGAUUAAGAAUUUUGCUUCUGUGUAAAUAAUUACCUAUAUUAAUAAAUACAUUUUCAAAAAUACCUUGAAACCUAUAUAAAAUAUUUUUGGAAUAUAAUAUUUAAGAUUUAUUUUUAAUCAGCAUUAAACACAAAAAAUAAACAUUUAAAUAAAUUUUAAUUUAAUAAUGACAUUUUUGAUUAGAGGUCAACAAUUCAUUACUAGGUGUCUGUUUUUAAGAACAAUAAUUAUGAUUAAUUAUAUAAUAAAAGAGAAAUAAACAAAGAAACAUAUUUCGCACGAUGGGUGAACCACUGUUGUGGAUGAGAAGUUGAGAAGGUAGAGGGGAAAUUUAAUGUUUAUCUGUACGCAAAGAUUAAUCAUUCUUAACGAAAAACAAUUCUGAGUGAAGUUCGGUUAUACAUAUUUUCAAAGGCCUUAAUCUUUAUGACUUUUCCCGUUUUUCCUACAUUCUCUUUCGAUUUUUUCCAUUUAUUAUGAAAAACUCUAGAAAAAUCAGAAAAUGACUACCUUAUAGUACCACCCCAGUCAAAUGUCCUUUCAAAAAAGGUACUAUAUUAGAAAAUCGAAGCAAAAUUUAUGGUUGAAAAGUUGUUAACAGAUAAAAAUAUAAACACCAUUAUAUAACUAAUACACUCCUCGUUCCGCUCAGUAUCUAUUUGAUCACAAAACUUGCAGUAAUAGAUCCUCCCAAUAAAUUUCUAGGUAAGAGGUGGAAACGAUUUGCAGUUAAACCUACUUUGAUAGACACCUCUCAAUAAGAGAUAUUUUUUUGGGAACAGGGAUAUUUUAUACUUUUCAGCAAAACCUUCUAAUAACAAACAUCAUUAUUAAUCUUAAUUUUAAAAAAAGAACAAAACGCGCUCAUACACCUAUAUACACAUUUAUAGAAGUGUUUAUUAUAUUUAUGAGGAGACAGACCUGAAUAUCCCUUCUUGGAUACGUCCCUGCGGUGGGACACCCAGAAAAGUAUAAAAAAUAUAUAAUAAUAAUAUUUAAGUCACUUGCCACAUUUGUGAAAUACUACAUAUUUACUAGAAACAGUAGAAAUUAUUAUUAAUACAACGACGUUUUUUAAAAUUUAUUUUAAUUAUAUUUUAUUUUAAUAAAUUCAAAUACAAUAAUAUUACUUACGAGUGUAUUAUGAUAAUAUAUUUGCUAUACAGGAUUAAUGAGAUCCAGAGUUCGGGGCGCAGAUAUAGCAAUAGCACCAGUGCUCACAUUUUUGGAUAGCCAUGUCGAAUGUAAUGUAAAUUGGCUAGAACCACUUUUGGAUCGUGUAGCAGAGGUAGGUAACCUACCCACUUAUAAUAUAGUUUUGUUUUAAGUCUUUCAGGUGUGUUUAUCAAAACACAAUAACCAUUCAAAUUAAAGUUCGGAGAUUAAGUAUAAAUUAUUGUGUUAUUAAAGGACCCGACUAGAGUAGUAUGCCCAAUUAUCGACGUCAUCAAUAUGGACAAUUUCCAAUACGUAGGAGCUUCAUCAGAACUUCGAGGUGGUUUUGAUUGGAAUCUAGUUUUUAAAUGGGAAUAUUUAUCAAAAGAAGUCAGAUCACAACGUCAAAAAGAUCCAACAUUACCAAUCAGGUAAACUACGAUUACAAAUCGUUAGAUAUCUUUACAUCUAAUAAGACAAAGGUCGAAUGUCGUAAUGCUUCCAAAUUAAAACAAUUAAUUUUGUAUUCAUGCUUGAAGUCGACAAAAAAUAUAGACUGUAAUUUAAAUAAUUGCAAUCAAAACACAAUUCUGAGCAUAGCUUAGUAAAUUUUCAAGGUAAUAAUAUUAUAGUCGUGUUAUUUCUUUUUAUGCUCAAAGUAUCCCAGAAAUUAACAAAAAUCAAACUGAUUUAUCUACCUAUUCUCCUUUUUUGUCAUUUAUUUUAAUUUAUUAGAAAAAUUUUAUAUUCGGAAAAUAGUGAGGGAUCUAUUAGUUUUACUAUGAUGUGUGCUUUUUUUUCUAUUUGUAAAUAACGAAAAGAAAUCUUACUCCGAUGUGUAGGGUAUAGUACCUUUACUAAAAAGGAAAUUUUGUCUAGUUGGUGCAUUGAGAAAGUCAUUUUUCGAUUUUCCAAAAGGUUUUUGAAAUAAAUGAGAAAAACCCGAAAAAAAAUUAUUGGUAAAAUGGCAAAUAUUUACGACACACCCCGGCGAUAACUUUUUCAUUGCUUUUAAUUUGUUAACUUGUUUGUUAAUUUUUUUUUCUACUAAAAAUAUUGCUCCAAUUAAAAAAUGACAAAAGAUCGACUUUUUUCCUUUUAAUAUUUCACCACUGACUGAGAAAGCCUUUUAGAUAUCUGAAAUGUUUUUCAAAAUAAUCGAAACCGAAUCGAUUUUCGUUGGCGAAGGUUAAACAUUGGUUAUAUGUAUUAAUUUAACUUUAUGUAUACCACUUUUUUAACUACUUACCUACAACAGAGGCCACACCCGUAUUAGCUCUUUUUUUUACAAAUUAAAUUCUAAUUGACAAAAAAUUAAUAUCUUUUAAGGUACCAUGUUAUGUUCAUACAAACAUAAAAAGUAUUUUCGGAGAAAAGGUAAAAAAAAAAAAAUAGCUAGGGGUGAAUUUCCGAAAAUUUCGAAAAAUGAUUCUAAUAAAGUAAUAUCUAGCGGAAUAUCCGCAUCUUUUAAGUUGUAGAGUGAAAAAAUUGGAGCAUUUUUAUUAAUUGAAAACGUGUUUUCUAAAAAAAACCUACAUAUUUGUAAAACAUCUUAGUAUCUCUCUAUACUCAGAAUCUAAAAUGUACUACAGUUUUAAUCUGUUGUAUAAAUUAUGUACCUUUAAUUGAUGAUUGAUGUUUACAUUCAAAAUUUUGGUCAAUCUAUGUAAGUAUUGAAUAUUUACUACACUGCACACUAUACUUAUUAAAAAGUCGUAAAGUUGCAUUACUAUAAAAAAAAUAAUUUGUUUUAUGUUUUAUUUAACAGAACACCAAUGAUUGCUGGUGGCUUAUUUGUGAUGGAUAAACAAUAUUUUAUCAAACUUGGAAAAUACGAUAAGGAAAUGAACAUUUGGGGUGGUGAAAAUUUAGGUAAUUAAUUAUGUUGUUUUUAUAUUUUUAAACAAAACGGAACGGACUACAACUAUAUUAUAAUUAACUGAUAAAAAUCAAUGGCUCAUUUUAUGUAUAAAUAUAUGGAUUCAAUUUAUUUCGAGUUCAAUUUAGAUGAUGUUAAUAGUUUUUGUGAUUAACAAUCUCUUCCAUUGAUUAAGCCCCCCCCUCCAAUCAAAUCAAUUAUCUUAUAAUGCACUACCACCACUAUAUAUAUAGUAAUAGUAUAAUUUAUAGAUAUAUAAUGUUACUAUAUAAUGUUUAGAAAAAAGAAAUGCAUUCUCACGUCAUUUAUAUGCAUUGGUUAUGCAGUAUACACAUUACACAAACAAAUCAUUAUUUUAUUUUUAGAAAUAUCGUUUAGAGUAUGGCAGUGUGGUGGCAGCUUAGAAAUCAUCCCUUGUUCACGAGUUGGGCAUGUGUUUCGAAAAAGACACCCGUAUUCAUUUCCGGGAGGUAGCGGAAAUGUGUUCGCUCACAACACUCGUCGGGCAGCUGAAGUAUGGAUGGACCAAUAUAAAAGAUACUACUAUAAUGCUGUACCUUUAUCUAGAACGGUGCCAUUUGGAAAGUAUGUUAUAAUAAUAUAUACUGCACAUGCUAUUUCAUUAAGAAAUAAAAUAAAAUGACAAUUUGUAUAUUUUUAAUAUUAUUUCAGCAUAGCUAAUCGAUUGGCACUGAAAAAAAAACUAGGUUGUAAACCGUUCAAAUGGUAUUUGGAUAAUGUCUAUCCAGAACUUAAGCUACCAGCAACGGUGGACUUGUUCGUAGGUAGUAUUCGACAAGAAAAUUGGUGUUUAGAUACAUUGGAAAACCAAGUAGGGAAAACUGCUGGUCUCUACCCGUGUCACGAUUAUGGUGGAAAUCAGGUAAUAUAAUAAAUAUGAUUAAAAAUAUUUUUUAACGAAUAAUUAGAUAAACUUAUUUAUCACAUUUUUUAUAAUUUUUUUUUUUUAGGAAUGGACAUUAACAGUGGCAGGAUCAAUUAAGCAUGACAGCAUGUGUCUAUCUCCCACAGAUUAUUCAUCCAUGAGCUUAAUAAUUAUGAAACCGUGUGAUUCUUCAACCGAUGAAGUUAGUAUACAAUUUAUAACUUAAGUAGGUAUUAAGAUAGUGACUAAUGAACUAAUAGAACUAUUGUUCUUAACAAUUUUAAAGCAAAACAAUAAAAAUUGAAUAGCUUGGGUCAAAGGCGAAGUCAAGGGCCGAAUGGUCCGACCUUCUCUUAUUCUAUCGUGAGUAGUAGGUAUCUAAUACCACGAGUUUGCCAUUCACAGACAUAUAGUAUUAUGAUAGACCGCGAAUAGAAAAAGAACUAUGAAGCGUGAGAGAAAAAGAACCAUAAGAGGUUUUCUCAUGGAAAAGUUAAUAAAACUGCUUUUUUUUCUUAUAGACAUAUAAUAUAAUAAACCGUGAAUAACACGUCAUAAUUAUAAAAGUCAUAUGUGUAAGAGAGAUAAACAUCGAAGAGGUUUAUUCAUGGAAAUAGAAAAAAAAACUGUUUAUUACUUAUUAAUAUAAUGAUGAUUGUAAUAUUAUCUUUUACCUACUGAUAAAAAAAAUAAGGAUUCUCAAGGAAUAAUAUUUUCCGUAAUAGUAGUAGUACGUCUCAACAACGGUUAUAGAUAGAAAGGUUGCACAAUAGCGUAUCGUAUAAUACGGUGGUCCGCGGUCCAAAAGGUUCUUAUCAAUUUAAUAUUUUCUCCCUAACUUCUAAUGCUCCCGGUGGAAUUAUUAAUGAACUAACAGAUUAUUGUCACAAACAUAAUAAUAAUAUACUAUUGAUAUAAUAGUAAUAGUUUCCAAAACGGUUGUCGUCAUAUUAACUAGAUGGCGCCACAUGGCUGAGAUAUUUUCAUAUAUUUGAUAACAUCCUUUGAGGCCGUCUUACGGCAACUCGUACAAUCAUUAUAUUUAUAACCGUGGUCCCAACUAUUACAUAUUUCAGCAGUUUCUCACUAGGUUCUCUAUAUGUUAGGGUGUACCAUAUCAGUAUGAAAGUAUAUCACAAAUUCACAACAAUCACAACUUUACUAUAGUCUGUAUUAAUAACCAUUGAAUAAUAAUAAAAGGUAAUAAAUUUAUAAUUUGUACGAUUUAUUCUUUAUAAAAUAAUUUUCUUUUAAAAAAAGUGAUAUCUGACUAGGAAGAUACUCUAGAGAAGUAAUUUAUUGAUUUUCCCAGGAGUUUUCUCAACAAAUGAGAAAAAUCAGCAAAAAACAGAGAAAAUACUGGAAAAUAUACAAAAUUUAGGUAUUAAAAAAAAAUAUUACGGCCCUUUAUUUUUCCUGUAAACAACUUUUCUACCAGCAAUUUUACUUCGAUUUACAAUGAUAGCACUUUUUCUGACAGGAAAUUUGACCGGAGAGGUAUUUUAAGGAGGUCAUUUUUCGAUUUUCCCAAGAUAUUUCGCGGCAAAUGUGAAAAACCGAAGAAAAUAGGGGAAUACCGGGAAAAUAAGUACAAAUAUUAUAAAAGAAAAUGCCUAUUUACUAAUUUUACCAUAAUAUGAUAUAUAUAUAUUUAUUUAUUUAUUUAUUUUUAUAAGUUAACAGCAAACGAUUUUUGUAAUGGGACUGAUUUAAAAAAGAUAGGUAGAAAAGUAAACAUAAAAGAAUAAUUUUAGAGUAAAGUAAAUGGAGCAUAUAACAAUAGACGAUUAGUAAAGAAAACAUAAUAGAACAUAAGUCGGGCUAAAUUCAAUUAAUAAGAAAUAAAUAUAAAACAAGUUGAUUAAGAAUAAUAGUUUCUGAGCAUGCGGUGUAGAGGUUAUAGCUGAAGGAAGUGGAGUGGCCAGGUAUAGAGAACGGAGACUGUUUUCAAGUAGAGUAUAAAAGAACUCUAAAACAGAUUUUUUCAAGAAUAUCAGGAGCAUCCAGUGACCUAUCUAAAAGAGAGAUUACGAAUUGCUGAUCGGCUGCAAUCCACCGAGAGGAGAGAGUUUGGAUCUGAAGGGUGUUAUGCAUGAUUGAUAACUGAGAUCUUGAGGAUGUGGAAAACAUACAACAGAAAUCUGUUUUGAAUACGCUCAAGGCAAAGUUGAUCUUUCGCAAAAAAAGUGUGCCAUAUAAUAACAUCGUACUCAAAAAGUGGCCUAACGAGUGCAAAAUAUAAAGUAUGGAGACAUUGUGCUGAUCUGAAUAAUUUUGUAUUUCGUUUAAUGAAACCAAGUAUUUUUAAUGCUCUAUUAACAGUUAUAUGAAUAUGGUGUUCAAAAGAAAGAAUUGAAGAAUGAUAAAUCCCAAGAUCUUUAAUAAUUAAUACUCGUUGAAGUAGAGAGUUAUUAAGGAAAUAAGAGUGAACUAGAGGUGAGCGGGAUUGAGAGAAAGUAACUACUUGACACUUAUUCAAAUUGAGAAUUAAGCCUGUGUUAGUAACCUAAUGACAAAAGGAAUCAAGUUCAUAUUGUAAAUUUUGGCAAUCAGCGAGAGAGUCAAUUUUAUGGAAUAUUUUUACGUCAUCUACAUACAAUAAGAAUUUUACCUGUUUUAAAUUGACAGAGAAAGAGUUUACAAAUAGGUAGAAUAAGAGGAAGCUAAGAUGCCCACCUUAUGGAACUCCAGAUGGAACUUCCACUAUAUCAGAAUGAAUGUUAUUAAUUUUAACAAAUUGUUUUCUGCCCAAGAAAUAAGAAGUUAGUCAAGCCAAAAGUGGGUUACUAAUUCCUAGAUUUAUAAGUUCAUUAAAUAGUAGGUUGUGAUCUACAUAAUCGAAAGCUUUGGAAAAAUCAUUCAUAAUGGCGUCAACUAGGGAGCAGUUUUCAAUGCAGUCAAAGAUAAACAAGUUAAACGAGAAACUAUAAGUAGUAAAGCAUUUCUCUGGCCGGAAACCAAGCUGUUGUGGGAUAAUUUUAUGAUUCAGGCUAUAUUCAAUACAGUUGUAAACAAUAAGUUCGAAGAUUUUCCCUAUUUGUGGUAAAAUGGAUAUCGGAUAGUAGUUAGCAACGACAGAAGGAUCACCAGAUUUAAAAAUUGUAGUUACGGAGUAAGUCUUCCAAACCAAAGGAAAAACACCUUUAUCCAUUGAAUAUCUAAAAAGAGUAUAUAUGGAAAAGAAGAGAGUGGAGCGACAUCUCAAAUUAAACGUCUUUACGAGACUAAUAUUUAUAACAUAUCAAUAAAAUGGAAUGGUUGAUAUAAAAGUAUAAAAUGAGUACUUACAAAAGUAUAUGAAAUAAAAUAAUAGCAACUUAAUACAAACUUUUGUAAAAUAAAUAAUAGCUGUAGGUUAGCAGCAAGCUAUUUUAUCGGUAGGUACCUAUCGUGGCGAUAUGAUUCAUAUUCAAUGGAAAUAAUAACCUACCACAUUAUUUAUCAUAUAUAUAAUAAUUAAUAAUAACAUAUAUUAUAACAUAACAUAAAUUGUUUUAUAUUUUAAUUUUAAUUUUUAAUAAAUUGUUAUACUGUUAUUAUCAUUAUCAAAGUGUGCCUGAUAUGUGAAACCGUCGCACUUAAACUGGUCUAACAUAAUGUGUGGUUAUACUCUUUAUAUUUUUUUUUCAAUGUAAUAAGUACCUAAAGAAACUGAUUUGAUCAAUUUACGAUUUAUUUUAUAGGUACAAUUUUUAACAUUUAUAUUCAGAUUAAAGAAAAAUAAAACAUUUAGGUACAAUAAAUUAUAAAAUAUCUAAUUACUAAUUACUAAUUACACUGUUAUCCACAUAAUAAUCCUAUCCAAAACAAUUAAAAUAAACACUUUCUUAGUUAUACGUUUAUGAUAAGGUAGUAGAGACUAAAGAAGCUCAAUUGGGAGUUUUCUUAUGACUAAAAACUAAAAAUAUUAAAUUUACGUAAUUUUUUCUCGGUAAUUUACCAAAAAAAAAUUUUACAUCUCCAGUUAAUAUUAAUACAAUUAUAUUUAUUAUUGUUCCAGUGGAAAUACGAUGAAAACACUAAACAAUUAAGACUUAAAGUUGUGAAUCUAUGUUUAGACACGCUGGGAGCCCAAAAUAUGAUGAGAAUUAAUAUAUGUGAUAAUCUAAAUUCAAACCAGAAAUGGGAUUAUUUGGUCGCAGCAGGAAUAGAGAAUAUGAUUUAAACUUUAAAACAAGACAUAAUCAAAUUCAGAAAUAUACCUUGUGUCUAUAUAUUAUAUUAAUUGAUCAUUGUAAUCAAAAAUAAACCUACUUAAUUGAAAACUCGGAGAACAACCUUUUAUGUAAACAAAAUAAAUAUAUAGGUAUACAUAUUAUACAAGGUUAAAAAUCUGAAUGUUUCACACAACAAAGGCCUACUAUCUAACUUAUAUAGGCUAUAUAUAAGUUAGGUUAAGUAUUUGUAAUAUCAAAUUAGAUUAUGUUAUUAAUAUUUUAAUGUAAUAAAAAAAAGAAUAGGUAGUUUUGAGUAAUCUUGUGUACUGGAAUACAAUUAAUCUGUAUAGUUUUUAUUUUUAAGUAAUUUAUGGAAAACAUGUUUUUCUUUAAAUAUUAUGUUUAACUAUAAGUAAGUCUGUAAGUGUACAAACCAUACUAAUAUAGGUACUUACACUUACACAUUCAACAUCUACAACACACCCCUAUAAUUCACUAAAAUUUGCAGUCAUAAAACAUCCAAGGAAAUUUUUUUUUUAUGUAAAUAUACCUACGGUUAAUUUUUGUAUAACAUGUUUAUAUUAUUUGUUUGUGUUAUUUUAUUUUUAAGCAUUCAUUUUUUAACAAUACAUUUUCUUGUAAAAUAUUUGAUAAACUAUUAAGGCUGUGAUUUAAAUCUUACCAUGUUUAUUAAACGAUAUACCUACCUAUUAAGUACAUUCAC